UCCUCGCCCUCCGCUCUCGCUCAUGCUCCCCGGGGAGAACCCAGCGGAGCAGGAAACUACAAGUCCCAGAGUCCGCGGCCGUUUGGCUGGGAGCUGCGCGAUGCUAAGUGUCAACAUGGCGGCUGGAGGCAGACAAAGACAAGGCAGCUGGUGAUGUGACUGGCUGAGAGAUCGCAGGGUUAGAGAGUGAGCUGGGCGCCGAGGGCGGGCACCGUCACCCCCCAGGAGGCCGCGCGGGGACCUGCCCGCUGGGAGAGCAGCCCGGGGAGCCGCCAUCACUGGGGUGAGACCCUCAGACAGACACCUUCACCCCCCCCUUACUACCCCAUCUCUGAGACCCCCUCAAUGACACCCCCCUUACUACCCCAUCUCUGAGACCCCCUCAAUGACACCCCCCUUAUUACCCCCGACACCCCAUCUCUGAGACCCCUCAAUUACACCCCUGACACCUUACUGCCCCAUCUCUGAGAACCCUCAAUGACACCCCCUUACUACCCCAUCUCUGGGACCCCACCUUCCCCUCACUACCCCCUGACACCCCCCCUUACUACCCCAUCUCUGAGACCCCCAUCCAUGGGACCCCCACCUUCCCCUUACCUCCCCUGAGCACCCCAUACACCAUCCAUGGCACCCCCACCUUCCCCUGACACCUCCCAUACACCAUCCAUGGCACCCCCACCUUCCCCUGACACCUCCCAGCACACACACCAUCCAUGCACCCCCACCUUCCCCCUGACACCCCCCAUACACACCACAUCAACAGCUUUACCUUCCCCUGACACCCCCUCCAUACACACAUCCAUGGCACCCCACCUUCCCCCUGACCGCCCCAUAUCAGAUGCCCCCCCUAUACACCCUAUCCCUAACAUCCCCUCACUCCCCAUCUCAGACCCCCAUCCGUGACCCCCUCAUCUCCCCAUCUCUGAUACCCCCUCACUCCUGAUCUCUGACCCCCUCGUCCACCCUGCCCACCCAGUGACUGCAAAAUUCCCCUCAACUCUGUCUGUUGCCAUCGUCACCUCACUUGCAUGGCACCUGCAUAGACUAGAGUGGAGCUGGGCUGCUGUCUGUGUGUUUUAUAGCUGUGUGUUCUUGUAUGUUUUACAUCUGGCGUGAUCAUGUUUUGGAUUUGUUAAUGCUGUUACAUAGUGUGUUUGUUUUGAGAGCUGUUACAUAGUGUGUGUGUGUUUUGAGAGCUGUUACAUAGUGUGUGUGUGUUUUGAGAGCUGUUACAUAGUGUGUGUGUGUGUGUUUUGAGAGCUGUUACAUAGUGUGUGUGUGUUUUGAGAGCUGUUACAUAGUGUGUGUGUGUGUGUUUUGAGAGCUGUUACAUAGUGUGUGUGUGUGUUUUGAGAGCUGUUACAUAGUGUGUGUGUGUGUGUGUUUUGAGAGCUGUUACAUAGUGUGUGUGUGUUUUGAGAGCUGUUACAUAGUGUGUGUGUGUUUUGAGAGCUGUUGCAUGGUGUGUGUGUUUUGAGAGCUGUUGCAUGGUGUGUGUGUUUUGAGAGCUGUUGCAUGGUGUGUGUGUUUUGACAGCUGUUGCAUGGUGUGUGUGUGUGUGUGUUUUGAGAGCUGUUGCAUGGUGUGUGUGUUUUGAGAGCUGUUGCAUGGUGUGUGUGCGUGUGUGUUUUGAGAGCUGUUGCAUGGUGUGUGUGCGUGUGUGUUUUGAGAGCUGUUGCAUGGUGUGUGUGCGUGUUUGAGAGCUGUUGCAUGAGUUGAUAGUGUGUGUUUUGAGAGCUGUUGCAUGGUGGCGUCUUUGUGUGUGUUUUGAGAGCUGUUGCAUGGAGUGGCGUGCAUGUGUGUUUUGAAGGCUUUGUUGCAUAGUGCGUGCAUGUGUGUGUUUUGAAAGAGCUGUUGCAUGAAUGCGUGUGUGUUUUGAGCUGUUGCAUGGUGCGUGUGUUUUGAGCUGUUGCAUGGUGCGUGCGUGUGUGUUUUGAGAGCUGUUGCAUGGUGCGUGCGUGUGUGUUUUGAGAGCUGUUGCAUGGUGCGUGCGUGUGUGUUUUGAGAGCUGUUGCAUGGUGCGUGCGUGUGUGUUUUGAGAGCUGUUGCAUGGUUAUGUGUGUUUUGAAGCUAAACUUGUAUUCCAGAGAUGUGCAUGUUUGUUUAGAUUUUGUAUCUGGAGUGUUAAAUGUUUGUUUUUUAGGUGGUACAUGUCCUUGUAAGUUUGUAUUUUGUAUGUUUUAAAACUGUGCAUGCUCUUGGGUAUUUAAGAUUCGAUUUGUACCUGUGCAUGCUAGAUUCCUCCCAUCCCAAGGAUUCCAUGUUUUUUAAAGAUGUAUAUAUUGAAGACCUGAGCAUAUGUUUGUGUAUUUACACAGUGAUGUGUUUUUUGGGGCGCUUCCUGUCUUCUUAAACAUUUCUUUUUAUGAUGUGCAUAAACGUGUACCUUGGGGAGCUGUAAUUUGUGAGGUGCAUGCAGGUUAUCACUUUUCCUAUUAUAUAGAACUCUUAUCUACGGCAUUGUAUGUUAUUUAUUUAGUUGAUAGUUGCAUUGUUGUAAUAAUUACAUUGAGUUUUGAUGUGGUUAUAUAAUAUUGUAUACCUAUACAUUGCAGCAUUAUUGUUCAGUGUUUUUAUUUAUGGGAUUGCUGUCAUUUAUAAAAUAUAUCUACUCAUUGAACACGGCACGUCCAAUGAUAAUUAAACCUCUUAAGGACACAACUUCUGGAAUAAAAGGGAAUUGUGUCGGAAUAUUUCCAUCAUGUGUCUUUAAGGGGUUAAAGUUACUGUCAGAUGUUUAACAAUAUUGUUUCUCGUGUGUAUGAGCCAUUAGUUGCUUCUAAAGAACUUUGUGAAAUAAAUAAAUCUGUAUUGUUAUUUAUUUGGAAAAGCACAUUGAAAACACAGCUACUUUUCUUCACGUUUUUUUAUAUUUGUAAAAAGAAAAUCUCCCCAUACUCUACUCUUGUACCUGGUAAAUCACAUGGGCAUGUUCUCAACCCAUGGUUGUCAGACUCAUUAUGUACUUUAUGAUCUGAUGCAGACAAAUUAUUCCUGAGUUUUUACUCAAAUCCCAGGUGAAAUUAUAUUUUCGCUUUUGUGUCCGUAGAAAGAUGAGUAAUUUUGCUUUUACCGACAGGUGCUGCUGUGUAUUGGGCGUAAAACACCAGGCUGCUUUGUACAUUUUAACCUCUGGCAGCAAGCAGGCUGUAUAUUGGUCCCCCGGGCAUAGAAUUAGUGUAAAUUACAGGCUGUGUGUCUGUCUCUCCCCGUGCCCUGUGUUUGUGUCAUUGCCACACACAUCAAUUUGCAAAGGAUUCAGCAAGUGCCGUCCUGAUGUUUUUGACUAAAUAUAAACACAUUGAUCCGUCUCUCCUGACAGUAAAGCUGCAAAUCUUCCUGCUUUUUACAAUAGGUGAGGUGUGAGCUAAGUGAUUGUAAAAUGCGCACUUAUCUUCUGUUCAACUUGUAUAUUUAUAAAUGGGUGUGGGUACAUGUUCCACAUCUAUUUCUCUAUAUAAUCAAAAUGCUCUUUGUGUGUAAUUUUCCUUUUUUCGUAAAAUAGUUAUUAAGCAGCACUUUGCAUAUUCUUGUUACUGUAAUAUACCUGGCAUUGGAUGCAGUCUUGCAUUAUAUGAUCAUUGUUAGAUUGCUCUGUUUAGGAGUCUUAUUGCUAUAAAAGCUUAAUCAUGCAUGUGUGAUUUUAGACUAAUUAGUAAUUGUAAAGCACGUCAUUGGUCGUAUUGAGUUAGUAUAAAUUAUAUUGUUUAUUUUAUAAAAAUGCAUUAUUGCAUCAAGUUCAAAUAUGCAUACGGAUUCCUGCACGCUAAAACUAUUGUAUUUACAAUCAUUUUGUUUCUGUUUUGUGGAGUUGGAGAAUUAAUCACUAUUUCAGUUUGUGCUUUGUUUCUAAUGCAGUUUGAGAAAAAAGAAAUGGGUUUUGGGCCAUGAUUUGUGCAAAAUGGAUGUGAUGUUCGCUGUUUUGUAUGUUUUGUGUGUGUGUGUAUGCAGUACAGAUGUUUGUUCCUAUUGCAUAUGUAGGGUAGGUCUGCAUCAAACAUACAGGUGGCUGUUCGAUUCAGUGCAUAGUUCUCUAACAUCCUUUAUUAAUAAAACAUUAGUCAGUGUGUCUGCCCUAACUUGUAAGAGAUUUGAUGGGUUGUUACAGAGAAAGAUAGCUUCGUAUUUACUGUCUGCAUUUUUUUCUUUUUUUUUUGCAAGACUUCCUGUGCUAAAUUUGGAGUUUUCGUCAUUCCUUGUUCAUUUGGGUCACAUUUGCACAGAGAAGUCCUUGAGAUUUGGGGACAUGUUGUACUUGUGCUCUGGAGUUCCUAUAACGCAGCCAUGCAAAAACUGAAUUAUUCAUGGCUUUUAUUUUCAUUUUUAAACAGAUAUAAUUGGUUCAAGGCUUUACGAGUGUGAGACUCUAUUUUAACCCCUUUCAGGCUUCAUCUGUGUGUAAUGCAUUACAGUUAAUUGUUUCAGGUAAACUCUGAAAUAUUUUUUCAUCCUCUCUGUUGUCAUUUACACUUACAGCAAGUGAUUCUGAAUAUGCUCUUAAAAGGAGAUGCAGAUAUAUUUUUGCAUAUCUGCAGUAUCGCUCAAUGCGCUUUGUAAAUUCGAAUUUUAAAUACGUUGGUGGAUUUUCUUGAAAAACCCAGAGAGGACUGUGUGUUAAAGGCGCUUUAGUGUUUAGAAUAUAUCCGAUUAAAGAAUAGAAAGACUGCUUCAACAAUCUUGUGGGGAUCCCUCACACUCACAUCAAAAUAUGAAAACCAAAGAAAAGGAAGAAGAGCCAAAGGCAAAUCACCUGUAUGAGUGAAGCAUACAGUGAUAUUGUGGACACCUACCCUGGAUAAGGGUCGUCUGAUCCUGACUUUAUGAUAUAACUUUAAUUUCAACAUAUACAUAGAAAGGGGGAAAACACAUAAAAGGGGGUGAUGGUGUAAAUCUGUAUAAUUGUUUGUUGCUGUGAAGUAAAAUUUCAACUCACAUAGUACAGAGCAUGGGAUAGGAUAGGCUCAGAUCACUUUCGCUUUAGUACCGUCCCCUUUAGGAAUGUUGGUAAUUUUCCUUAGAAAAGGGAGCUAUAAGAGUGGUACAAUAGAUAGUAAUAUAAUGUAGUACUCCUGAGUUAAAUGUGAGUAUACUGUGACUUUAAAUGAGUGCUCACCUUAUUUAGAGCCCAGGUACCUGGCUAUAGGUUGAUCAGCUUGGGUGUCAAUAAAGGGGACACCUUCCCUCCUUUGAGCAGGUUGGUGAGGACCAAGAGUGGACUUAGAAUAAAUUUUAUUUUUAUCUAUCAAUGUAACCAUUAGAAUACAAAAUAAAUCUAUAUAGAUAAAUAAAAUAAAAUAGAGAAUGUCCAGCAGGCUUCCUCCUAUUCCGAGACACGUUUCACCCUACUAGAGGGCUUUUUCAAUCGCCAUAAAUAUUAUUGGAAACUUCUGGGUUGUUAUAAAGAAGCGAUUGGCAUGAUCAGAUCAAAUGGCUGAACAGGUUAAAUAUCCACAGUAAAGUUUGAAAAGUAAUGAAUCUCCACAUCAAGCUGUGUGUGUUUCCCACAAAGAUACAGAGAUUCGGGAUUGUUUACACUUGCUCCCCACGAGAUGUAUGAUAAAGAAUGUCGGCCUGUCUUACCCAAUCGUUAUUAACCAAUGCCUGGAUGGCUAUAUUCAUGGUAUAACUUGGGUGAAUAGCAGUGUUUAAAUACAUACAAAUGAGAUGAUGAAGUGUGUUUUGUAUGUUAUUUUUAUUUUGUUUCCAUUCCAAUUCCAUUCAGUUUCUUUUUUUUUUUUAACUUUUUAGUGAAUGCAACGUUUUUAGGCAUUGAACAUAAUGUCCAAUGUCUUAAACAGUUGUACUCUCAAAUUACUUUCUCAUAUAUUGUGUGUGUGUGUGUGUGUGUGUGUGUGUGUGUGUGUAUGUGUAUAUAUAUAUAUAUGUAUGUAUGUAUGUGUAUAUAUAUUUAUUUAUAAAAUUGUAUUUUUGUUUGCUUUUAUGGAAAUAAUCAAGAAAUUAAAGGUAUCUCAUCACUGCCAUGUUACAGCUAAGGCAGCUCCUGUGUUAUUUUCAUAAGUGAAUCUGUGAUGAGACUGAUGACAGAUCAGAUGAACUGUGAUGAUAUUUUUGUUUACAAGCGAUAUCACCACCCAGCUGUUGAUCUAAUUAUCACUACUACGUUUUAUAACCCACAUUCAAUUUCACAUAUAACUGUGCAAAUAAAAACGAUCUGUCUGUAAACAGAACACAUUGUAUAGGGACAAUAUCUCUUAAAGCACUUUUUUCACCAAAACAAGCCCAAAUGGUUAAAAGGACCACUGCAGGCUCCAUAACAAAUUCAUCUCAAUGAAAUCAAGUGGGGCUAGAUGUCAAAGGUGCUGCCUUAUAACCCCAAAGUUAUUUGCCCGGCUGUUCCUACUUUGGCCCCAGCACUAAUACAGAAAUGUGUCCCUUAGGCAAUGGUGAAAGUGUUGGCUCACACUCUUAGCCUUCCAUGGCCACCCAUUGAGAGAAAUACUAAUUAGUACCUUAUACAUGCCUAUUACACUCUCCUGGCUGUAUCCUUUGCCUAGCUUAGCUCCCUGAAGUUAUUCUCAAAUGGCAGAUGCUUGUCCAGAGUGUAUCCCUUACGAAGCUUUCUCAAGUAGUAAUAGUCAUUGAGAAGUCAAUAAUUGGACAGCUAUGAACAUGUGAGAAUGGUAUGCAAGGCUUCUCAAACAUUUUUCUCGUUUAUGCUGAUGAGGAAUGGGAGGUAAGGUUUCUUAUAGAAAAGAAUUGGUUUGGCUGAGAUCAUCAAGCCUUAUAAUCUCAGCCAAGGGAGUAGGGAAGCUGGCCAAUUGGCAUCUGCUCAUAGAAAUGCAUUGAAUCAAUGCGUCUUUAUGGGGAAAGUUCAGCGUCUCCAUGCAGAGCGUGGAGACACUGAACGUCCGUACUGUGCAAGACUGACCCAGGAAGCACCUCUAGUUGCCGUCUGAGAAGUGGCCACUGGAGGUGUUCUUAAGCUGUAAUGUAAACACUGCCUUAUCUCUGAAAAUACAGUGUUAACAGUAAAAAGCCUGCAAGGAUAGCCUAUGGACACCAGAACAACUACAUUAAUCUGUAGGCAUUGAACAUAAAAAUCCAAAGAGUGAACACAACUCACUGACAUGAUGCUGGAACACCAAUUCAUUAAAGGACCACUAUAGUGCCAGGAAAACAUACUCGUUUUCCUGGCACUAUAUUGCCCUGCGGGUGCCCCCACCCUCAGGGACCCCCUCCCGCCCGGCUCUGGAAAAGGGAAAGGGGUUUAAACUUACCUUUUUCCAGCGCUGGGCGGAGAGCUCUCCUCCUUCUCUCCUCCUCCGUUCCGCCCCGUCGGCUGAAUGUGCACGCACAGCAAGAGCUGCGCGCGCAUUCAGCCAGUCGCAUAUGGACGCUGGCGUGCUCUCACUAUGAAAAUCCACAGUGAGAAGCACGCAAGCGCCUCUAGUGGCUGUCAAUGAGACAGCCACUAGAGGCUUUGGGGGAAGGCUUAACCCAUUAAUAAACAUAGCAGUUUCUCUGAAACUGCUAUGUUUAUUAAAAAAUGGGUUAACCCUAGCUGGACCUGGCACCCAGACCACUUCAUUAAGCUGAAGUGGUCUGGGUGCCUAGAGUGGUCCUUUAAUUUUGAUGAGUUCCUAAGAGAACUGAUCUAGUGAAAGGAACAUUCCGGGCACCAUAACACCUUCAUCAGAAUGAAGUUGUUAUGGUGACAGGAGGUUCCUGGCACUAUCUUAUCUUCAGCCGACACUCUGUUAGCCAGUGGCAUCCAUGCCUGUGGCUUCCUGUUUGAAUUCUCAGACUGCAAUGGAAGUUAGGGGGCAGAGCUGACCGGUGCUGUACUGAAGUCUAUAUUAACCCCCUCCCCCCCCCAUGCCUCCUGGCAACAUAACUUAAUUUCAGUGAAGUUGUUAUGGUAUCCUGCGUGUCCUUUUUAAUGGAUUCUCCUCCUGCAGCACAUGAUUGGUACAUGCUACAUGGUGGAACUUUUCUUGUCCAACCCAAAAGUAUGAGGAAUUGAUUAAGUAGUUCUGGUAGUUAGUGUCACUUUAAGGGAAAUCUAGUUCUGUACUCUUUGUUAAACAACAUGUCAAGCAAAACAUUUUAGGAGCAUUGAAUCCCCAGGAUUUGCCUAGCUUUGCAGUAUGCACCCGAAAGAAGUCAUAACUGAGGCCCCCGUCAGUGUAUGAUGAGAGGUUUAUACUGGGCCAGUGGCGGGAGGGUGUCGUUUUUAGGCUUUCUAGUUAGUUAUCAAGUGCAAUGAUUCAGCUAUGCAACUCUUUUUAGUAAACUGCUCUAUUAUAGGAAGGCUGGCUAGUGGUUCUGUCUGGCAUAUCAGUAGUUGUUAUAAGGUCGGUACAGCUCUAAAGAAAACAUGCAUUUGUUUGGCUGCAAGUGGAUCCGGGCAGGAUUUAAUACAACUCUAGGAGGAACUCAGAGGGUCACCUAUUGAAUUCUGUCUCUGUCCUGCAAUCAGAAAGGCAUGCAGGCUUUAUAAUCUGCUAAUAAAAGCCAAAUCGAUCAUCGAAUUAUGUAAUCACGUUGCUGAGUGGAGUAAAACGCAGGAGGAAGUUUAUAUUUAAACAUAGAUAAAAUUGAUGUAAAGUUGGAAGGAACAGAUCCGUCCAUGGCUGCUAACUGGUGUUAUGUCUUUAUGGCAAAAUGAGUGAUAACAGAAUAGAAAUGGGAAGCAUAUAAAGAUGUAAAGGAUACAUAAUGUGUUAAAUUAGACAUUGAACAUUAAAAAAAAAGUUUGGUGUCCUAUAUUUGUUAUUUCUGCUGUGAUAACAAAGUUAUUGAAUGAGCAAUUUUUGUUUAAAUGUGGAUGAGGACAGUAAGUUUCAAGCUCAAAAAAUCCAGCAAUGAAAAUGUAAUACAAUACGUACGGAUAUAAAACACGUAGAACAAAGGAUAUCUAAAAGAAUAGACAUAGACUAUACCUGGUGUGAUAACGUUAAAAUAAAACAUGUAUAAGGGAGGGCUGAGGGGUUAGGAGAGAAAUCACAAGAAUUAAAUACAUUCCAGCCAUGUCACCCAUACUGGGAUGUAUCUGUUGGGAGUAGUCUUCCCUUCUUGUAUAUCUGUAAAGGAGCCUUAUAGUCACCAGAACAACUACAGCUUAAUGGUGAGUAUAAUAGUUCCCUUCAGGCAUUUUCAUGUAAACACUGCCUUUUCAGAGAAAAGGCAGUGUUUACAUUGCCCCUAGGGACACCUCCAAGUGGCCACUCCACAGAUGCCCACUGGGAGGGGCUUCCUGACUCAGGGCUGCACAGUAAGCCGUUCAGCGUCCCCACGCUCUGCAUGCAUCUCAAUGAGGAAGUCCUGAUUGGCCAAAACGGCAUUUGGCCUGCCCCGUGCCGAUUUUAGCCAAUUCAAUGCUUUCCCUAUGGGGAAGCAUUGGAUUGGCAAAAAAUUGGCCUAUUUAGAUGAUGUCACAAAUCAGCCAGCGCUGAAAAUAAGGUGAGUUUUAAACUUUUAUAGGUGGUCUAACGUUGGGGCAAGCCACCUAAAUGGUGGGUUUAGCGCUAUAGGGUCAGGAAUACAUGUUUGUGUUCUUGACCCUGUAGUGUUCCUUUAAAGUAUGGAGCAGAAAAUAAAAACAACCACUGCUUGUUCCCUGUAGUUAUGGUGUCUCUGUGUUGGGGAUUCUCCAUGUAAUGUGCUCUGUGAUGGACACUGUAUAAUGGUUGGUUGCUGUCUGCAAUUAAGACUGUGUGUAAUGAGUGUUGGUCCUCUGCAAUUGGGGUGUGUAAUAGGUGUUGUCUAUCUGUGAUGGAGAUUGUCUAUGAUUUGGCACAGUCUGUCUACAAUGAAGAUAUUCAGUGUGUAACCGGCACAGGCAGUCUGCCAUGGAGUUACUCGGGGUGUAAUGGGCAUAGGCUGUCUGCCGUGGAGUUACUCAGGGUGUAAUGGGUACAGGCUGUCUGCCGUGGAGUUACUCAUUGUAAUGGGCACAGGCUGUCUGCCGUGGAGUUACUCAUUGUAAUGGGCACAGGCUGUCUGCCGUGGAGUUACUCAUUGUAAUGGGCACAGGCUGUCUGCCAUGAACUUGCUCAUUGUAAUGUGCACUGGCUGUCUGCCGUGGAGUUUCUCGGCGUGUAAUGGGCACAGGCUGUCUGCCAUGGUGUUACUAAGGGUGUAAUGGACACAGGCUGUCUGCCAUGAAUUUACUCAUUGUAAUGGGCACAGGCUUUCUGCUGUGGAGCUAACUCAGGGUGUAAUGGGCACAGGCUGUCUGCCGUGGAGCUACUCAGGGUGGAAUGGGCACAGGCUGUCUGUCGUGGAGCUACUCAGGGUGUAAUGGGCACAGGCUGUCUGCCGUGGAGUUACUCAGGGUGUAAGGGGCACAGGCUGUCUGCCGUGGAGUUACUCAGGGUGGAAUGGGCACAGGCUGUCUGCCGUGGAGUUACUCAGGGUGGAAUGGGCACAGGCUGUCUGCCGUGGAGCUACUCAGGGUGUAAUGGGCACAGGCCGUCUGCCGUGGAGUUACUCAGGGUGGAAUGGGCACAGGCCGUCUGCUGUGGAGUUACUCAGGGUGGAAUGGGCGCAGGCUGUCUAUGUGGCUCCUCUAUGUGUGGUGAGUACUGUCUGCCUAUAAAACAAAAUGUGACCUGUCAUUCUAAUUGAGGUUACGUAUGAUAGUAUAUAUGUAUAAAAUUUAAGAAAAAUCAGUUGUAAAAUCAUAACAUUUCCUUUAUUUGUUUUCUACGUAAAACGAAAUGUCUUUUUUGCUUAUUUAUUUCUGUGUGUAUGUGGGUUAAACCUAGUCUGUUUGCUAAAACUCUGGGAAUAAUCACAGCUAAACUACAUCAUGAAACUUCAAAGAGAUACAAGUAUAUACCGUGUAUACAGUUCCCAUAUCACCCAGCCAGAAUCUAUCUGAAGUUGUUUAUAAGCCAGUGAAUCCGUUUUGCCCUGACGUUAUUUGGAUUUCACAUCUCUCUGAGAGAAUAAAUACAGAAUUGGCUCUUGGAUGGGAAUGUGUAUAUAGCUGAGCAUACAUUGGCAGUGCUACCUUUAGGAACAAAGUCACACCGUACAUGUUGUGUUUUUAUUUUUUAUUUAUUUUUUAAAAUUUCAUAACAUUUCAACAGAGAAUUUGUUGACACAUAUCAGUCGAUGCUGGUUAACUAGCCAAGAGAAGGGCUGGGGACAUUGUUCCUUUAAAGGAAAGCAUGUAAAUGAGUUACAAAUUCUGUGAAGUUUUUGUUAAAGGGGCCUUCUAAGUACCAUAAAUACUUCAGUUAAAGUUAAAUAGUUAUGUUGCUAGUUCGCUGUCCCCACAGCCUUAAGUAAUUUAGGAAACAGAACAAACAGUGCUUUAGAGAGGAGCUUCAAGCUCCUUCUAUGAGUCCUGUCUGGUAGAGAGCUGGGAAUUACACUUCCUCCAGUCCAGAGAUUGACCCAUCUCUGGGGGGUGAUUGAUGCUCUUGCUAUAGCAUGUAAGCUCAUCGAGCAGGGCCCUCAACCUCCUCUGUUCCUGUACGUCCAGUGGUCUGAUCUCAAUUAUGUGUCUGUUAGUCCACCCAUUGUACAGUGCUACGGAAUUUGUUGGCGCUAUAUAAAUAAUAAAAUAAUACUAAUAAUAUAUGAAUGUGCGCAACUCCAUUUUGACUUGCAAGCACUCCCUUCUGGGAAUAGUUCUUGCAAGUCCAUCCUUGCCAGCACCGACAAGCCAUCGAUGGCAUGAGAACAUGAUGGUCUAAGCAGUGACAUCAUCAGCCAUCGCUCCAUGUGGUCUGCAUUCCGACAGCAUUGGCAAUUCUCAUAUUUACUAAAGCCACAUGCGCUCCGAAUUCUGUCUGCUCUGCUUUUUCCAAACUCCUCCGAACCAAUCCGCAGCACUGGAAUUGCAAAUUAUCAUUCACUUGCUAAUUUCAAUACAUACCGGUAUUUCAUUUCUGAAUCAUUUACACACUUUCAAAAAUGUAACAUUGUAUUUAUCAUUUCUAUUUUUUCAAAAAGUGCAUAUUUUCUAUUUUCAUUGUGCGAUAAUACGUAAAAAAUCCUAAUGAAUUCAAAGUUUUCCGCAAAUCACCAUAACGUUUAGCUUAAUUAUGCAGUUUUAGUGUAUAGAUCAUGCACCUGCCGUCGCACUGCUCAAUUCAACUACCAUUUAGGAGUUAAAUCUCUUGUUUCUGUCUAUGCAGCCCUUGCCACACUUUCCCUGGCCGUGACUGACAGCCUGCAUGGGGAAAAAAGGUUACUUUUCAAUCACUACUUUAGAAGGUUUUGUCUCUUACUCUUUUAAUUAAACUUUAAUCACAUACAGGAGGCUCCUGCAGGGUCUAGAAGGCUAUUGGAGCUGGAGAUAAGAAAUUCUAAAUUAAGCACAUUGUGCAAUAAAGUAAGUCUAAACACUAGAUCUUUCUUUACAGGAAGUGUGUAGGUCACAUGCAGGUAGGUGUGGCCGGGGCUGCAUAAACAAAGUGAUAUGAGCAGGUUAACUGCAGGGUCUGUACACCAAAUCCACUUCAUUAACCUUGUUGGUUUGUUGUCAAUAGUGUCCCUUUAUUCAAUAAAGAGAGAGCAAAAAAACCUCUGGGCCCCCAGCCCUCUUAACAACUUCAUAUUGGAAUCACUGGACACAACCUUACCUUCAGGAAUAACCCCUUAAGGACACAUGACAUGUGUGACAUGUCAUGAUUCCCUUUCAUUCCAGAAGUUUGGUCAUUAAGGGAUUAAACAGGUUUUGAAAAAUGUCGCUCUGUAUUCGGUCCUCUGAAUUACUGACGGCUCUGCCUCUAAUCUCAUGUGGCUGCUGUGUAGCUCUGGAAUGUUAGCCUUGGUAUCUAGUGUCACGGGUGGACUAUUGUGAGUAAUAGUGGGACUUUUUUUUUUCUUAAUUAUUUAAAAGCCACUCUAAUCACAAACAUUCCACAGAAAUGUUACAUAUCAAUGUAACCUUAAAUAUCCCAUGGAAAGGAUUGGUCCAUUACAGUAGAUUAUUCACUGUCUCUCCUCCCUCUGCAUGCGGGGACUUAAAAGGAGGGGUGACAUGAGGUUGCAGUGUGGCACCUCAUUGGUCGGCAGCUAGAGUUUCCACAUGUGGAAGACCACAUGUGGUGAUUGGGAGAGUUGAGUAAUUUAUCGGUAAAGUGCAAGACAGAUAAUUGGAAAUAUGCCAAAAUAUUGACUCUAGUAAUCGGAGGAACCAAUUGUCUGUCUGUCCCAAGAAAGGAUAUAUUUUAUUAUCACAAAUAUAUUGAAAGGAUACAUUAUUUUAUCACAAAUAACCCAUUGGAAGGGUACUUUUUAAUCCCAAACAUUGCUUUGAAAUUGUAAUCUGUCCUAGACUGCUAUACUUUGUGCUGCCUUGACAGUUCAGUAAUAUCUGUACUGUAAUUAUUUUUAAAGGGACACUAUAGUCACCAGAACAACUACAGCUUAUUGCAUUUGUUCUGGUGAGUAGAAUUAUUACCUUCAGGUUUUUUGCUGUAAACACUGUCUUUUCAGAGAAAAUGCAGUGUUUACAUUACACCCUAGUGAUAACGUCACUGGCCACUCCUCAGAUGUCUGUUAGAGAUCCUUCCUGGGUCAUGGCUGCCUAAAAUGCAUCCAAACAUUCAGUGUCUCCUCCCUCUGCAAGCAGACACUGAACUUUCCUCAUAGAGAUUCAUUGAUUCAAGAGGAUUCAUUGAGGAGAUGCUGGUUGGCCAGGGCUGUGUUUGACUUGUGCUGGCUCUGCCCCCGAUCUGCCUCUUUGUCAUUCUCAGCCAAUCCUAUGGGGAAGCAUUGUGAUUGGAUUAGGCUACCACUUCUGAUGAUGUCAGCAGGCAGUGGGUAGAUCUAAAGAAAACAGGGACAAACCCAGGAGCUGCAGACUCGAAUACAAGUAGGAUUUCUAUAUUAAGGGAGGCAUGAUUGGGCCAGGGGGAGCUAAAUGGUGGUUUUAAUCCUAUAGCGUCAGGAAUACAGUGCUCCUUUAAUAAAAUAUUGCUGUUUUGACGCCAUUCUUUUUCCAUUACCAACAAAUGGAGCUGGAUUCCAAAAAAUCUGAUAGAGAACAAUGGCAGCUUCUCACUAACACAUAGCUUUGCAAUUCAAGGCUUAAAUCUGAGUUCCUGACUGUCGUGGACUACAACUCCUGCUGUGCUCAGCCACUUCUUUGCACCUUUUCAAUUAUUACCCCAUGUAGCUCCCAGCUGGGCUGAACAGGUGUAUCAUUACGGUUUGUAAAGUCUAUCGAAGCAACGCAAUUUCAAACAGACCUGGAAACAAUGUCGGAAAUAACACAGACCUUGUAUGUGUUACCAGCUUCUGGGUAAGAUUUAGUUGGAACUUCAGCAAAGACGUACUAAGUAGUGAUUGUAAGAAUAUUCUGCAGAAAGCAGUCUUACAGAACCAGUUCUCUUGUUGCUGGAAUAAGAACCGAUCCCUCUCAGCCAGACCGACGGUAAAUCACAUUCAGAGUUAUUCACACAAUUCGUAAUGCUCCUCGGCACCUGCCAGACACAUCACACCGCAAUAAUUAUAUGAUAAUCGUAUCGCUUGUGAUUUCAAGAGUCUGUAGCUGUCAAAUGAUCCCAUUCUAUCUAAUAGUGAGCUAUUUUCCUAUACCAGUCAGGCUGGAAUGGCUCACUAUAUUCUUCUUUUAAUAUUUAAGACACCCUUGUCCUGGGAAUUAUCGCAGCAACUACUGUAGUUGCUGCGAAGGAAAGCAGGAGAACCACCUGUAAGACAAGUUUCCACUGGAUGAAAUCUUGGCAAGUAGUAUAGUUCUAUAUGCCUAGAAUGAAUAGAUAGAGGUGAGUGACAUCCUUUUUAUUUUAUUGAUUUAUGUAUUUAUUAUUAAAUUGUACACAUGAAAUGGAGCAUAUCUUGUUUACUGUGACAGGUACACAUUAAAGGGACACUCCACUGCCCAAAUACAAAAUAUAACUCACUGUUUAGUAGAUAGACCCCAAUUGAAAACUUGCAUGCAUUUUUUAAUAGUGGGUAUAUCUAAAAAAAACAUGCAGUUGUCUUGUCUGUAGCCUUUGCAAGCCCCUCCCUUUUAAUCCCGCCCAGGCUUUCUGUGGCUGUCCAAUCAGACUUCUGAAUGCAGAUCAAUGAGAACUCUUUGCAAGGCAGGUGCUCUGAGCAAUUGCUGCCUCUUAAGUUUAUCUCCACCGAGCUAACCAAACCAGGAAGAAAUAGGACCUGUUGUCUGCUAACAGCCAGGGGGGGUGUAACAAGGUUAAUAUAUGAAAAAGUGUAUAUUGUUAUAGAAAUCUGCACUUUUUGCAAGAUGAGAAAAAAAAAAUAGGACACACUUUUCACACACAGAGCUAUUCAGCAAGCUAAAGGGCAUUAGGGGUAUGAAGUGCCAUUUAUGAUUGUCCAGUGUGACCUAGUCUGAGUAUUGGUGGUAGUAGUAAGAUUUGGUGUGAUGGAAUGAAGGGUCUUUGGAACGAAGAUGAUUUGGUGAAGAGCUGGUAGAGAAUAAAUCCGGGAACCUGUACAACCAUCUUCCCUUAUUUAACCCCUUAAGGACACGACAUGUGUGACAUGUCAUGAUUCCCUUUUAUUCCAGAGCGUUGGUCCUUAAGGGGUUAAGGGGUACAGAAGUCAGGAAGGGCAGGCUGAUAGGACAUGGGUGGCAUGUAAGGGGGCUGUGUGAACGAAAGACGCUAAACAUGCACAGAACUCUUGCACCUCUGGCAUCCAUGUUUCAUAGUGAAAUGCUGUACUUACAUAUUCCACGCCCCAUGACCAUGUUAAAUCACUGAAGUGGUUGUGGUGCUUGGAUUAACCCCUUAAAUAUAAUUUUUUUUAAAUGGUCAUACGUUGUACAUUUAAAAACCUGCGAUAAGUGCACCACAACUUUAAUAUCCAAUAGAAUGUAGCAACCAUAGAAAUGUUAAAAAAAAAAACAUAUUAAUGUGCAGUGGUAGAAAGCAGUUGCUCAAGUCGGUGCAAAAUCAUAACCCUGUUCAAUAACGGAGGACAAGUAUAAUAACGAAGGAGGGAACUCUGCAAACCCCACAGAUUAUACCCGGUGUCUGUACAUGGAAAUUUCCCUCGUUUUCAAGUAUGUCCUGGGCCCACUAACACUGCAUCGUUACUAUAGGGUACAAUAUAAAAUAAUAUUAAUACACAACACAUAAGAAAGAAAUCUAAUCAAUCAUAAUUACAGGUAGUAAGGAAACAUUACAGAAGUUAUCAAGAUAUGUCGAGUAGACUGCACUUUUUAUAAAAACACAAACUGCACACGUGAUAAGUAAACCAUGUCAAAGAGUAUAACUAAAGAAAGGCAUGAAUGAUAGACAUGGUGAUUACAUGCUGGGCCACUGUUAAAGGGAUCCUAUAGUAGCAGGAAAACAAACCCGUUUUCCUGGCACUAUAGGCUCUUGGAGUGCCCCCCUUCCUCGGGGCCCCCCCUCCCUUCGUUGCUGAAGGGGUUAAAAACCCUUCAGCCACUUACCUUAAUCCAGUGCCUGGCUCCCUCGGCACUGGUGACCUCUUCUCCCCUGCCGACCUCAGCUCCUGAAUGGAGCUGAAUGCGCAUGUGUGGCCAGAUGCGCGUGCACGCAUUAAAACCUGCUUAUAGGAAAGUAUUACUCAAUGCUUUCCUAUGGGGAUUCUAUUUGACGCUGGACUCCGUGAGGACAGAUAAAUGGGAUUUAUUCCGUGUAAAUUGCGGAAGCGGCCUCUAGUGGCUGUCACGAGACAGCCACUAGAGGCUGGAUUAACCCUGCAAUGUAAACAUAGCAGUUUCUCUGAAACUGCUAUGUUUACAGCUGCAGGGUUAAAACUAGGGGCACCUGGCACCCAGACCACUUCAUUGAGCUGAAGUGGUCUGGGUGCCCAUAGUGGUCCUUAAAGGAAAAAUGCAGGCUUAGCAUCUGGAAAGCAUGACAGAUUAAUAGUUACCCACUGCGGAGGCUCUCCCACAAGGAGCUAAUGUAGAAUAGGGAACUACCCAACAAUUAAAGAUACAAAGGUGUCCCCGCUUAACGACAUAGUCUGACCGGUAUCAUAAAAGGCUAAAAAACAAAAGAGAAAACUUAACCAAUGUCUUGUACUGGUUCUUAGAGAAAGCAGAUUGAGAUUAUGGCUGCGCAACGCUCAGUCCUGGUCCAGCCCACACCCUCCUGGUGUAGGUCGUAGUCCCGCUCUGCCAGUGUUGGCAUCGGGUGAAAGAAGCCAAGCGCAGGUAAGACAAACUCGGUUUCCUCUGAAAACGGGCCCACCUUGUAGCUGGGUCUGCCAUCCAUGUUUUGCUAGGAAUCCAUGUGCUUUCCUUGUGAGUGCCAAGCUACAAUGUAUCCAUCCAUGCCCCUCUCUCCUCGAUAGCGCCGGUGCGUCCUCCUUUAAGUCAGGCACACCUCAAGCAAUCGGGAAGAACUCUCAGGUGAGUAAUUCUGUGAGAUUUGUGGUGCAGGCUUUGGAGGCCACUUCCUCCAGAAGUCAUCGAAGAAUUUGUCCAGCCUGGACACUGCUCCAUGGUAAGUGAGCAGGGUGCAGGUUUGGUAUGCUGUUGUUGCUUGGGGUGAUAACACACAUCCCUGGUGGAGUGAGGGAGCCGCCAAGGUAAGGCCUGGGAUCACCUUUAGCAGUCCAAAGGGGCAGGGGGCUUGGCGCCAUCUUGAUGUCACUGAGGAUCAGCAAUAGAGCUGGGUUAGAACGGUCACCUUUCCCUUCCACAGCUCCCGACAGGCCUCCUGGAGAUCAGCAGAGAACUCUGGACAGCUGCUAAGUACAGCUGGGAGCACCCCGAGCCAAUCAGUCUAUGUGGAGUACACAGGUUUCACAGCCAUGUCCAAAAACAGAGUCAAAGAUACAGGCAACUGGAGCAAAUUGUUAGAUGCACACUGAGAUCUCUGAAAACACAUCCAGUGGCCAUUACAGUCAGGCCCCGCCCCCACUGAGCUCCUAAAAAAGGGGCCAACUAGAAUUAGAAACUAGACCAGUAGCAGGUCAACUUGUUUCGUUCCCUACCUUUACAUUUUCUUUCAGAGAUUAUUAUUGCCAGCAGGUGUACUGCACUUUAUUACUAAUUUAACAGCCCUCAAAGAGGCACAUCUCAUGUUUUUUGAAGGACCAUUUUGGGCAUUCGGACAAUGUUUUGGUUUUUAAAUUUUUUUUAGGAAGUAGAUGUUAAGCUUUUCUGUUUUGGAUUUACUCCAGAACCCAUUAUUUCAUAUGAUUAGUUUAUUUUGGCUGGAGUCCUUUGGAAUAACCAUCUUAUUGCAUUGAUCAGGAAAGUUUGCCAUUGGUGAAUCUCUCAGCCUAUCAAUAGCCUCUGUUUAGGAGUAACCAUAUGUAGCAUUGGGUGGUUAUUUAAGUUAUGGGUGAGAUUCGUUAUCAGACCAUAUCAAACCUUUUUAAAGUGGUUUGACAAAAACAGGGAAUUAUUUUGCACACUAACUCCUCCCCCCCGGCUGUUGUUUUGAUAAUGAACAAUUUCAGUUCCUUAUUUUAUGUUCAAAUAUUUGGAUGACACCGUCAUGUCUUGCAUGCUGUUCAGUGAUAGGAUUUCGGCACCUACUGUUGCAGCAUUGCAGUGAUGGGAUGAGAGAGCUGGACUGUUGCAGUAUUUGACUUUGACUCACUCUAGCACUUCUGAGUUCCAAAUCACUAUUGAAUAAAAGCCAUGAUUCAACUGUGCAUAAAGGUACUGCUAUUAGGAAUAACAGAAAUCUGCUAAAGCCCAGUGGUUAUGGCAGUGUACCCCACUGCACACCAAUACUGGGUCAGAUAUUUUAGUGCAGUUUCUCAUUAUUUUUGUGGCUGAGAGGAGGACAGGGUUCCAAGUAAAUCUCCUGCUUAGAUUGUCCAUUAAAGACGUCUUCUCUACAGACAAAAGAGCCUCAUGCAAUAAUUUAGUCUCAAUUGCAGCAGUUUGUGUCCGCUGUAUAACAGGAAUAGUCCCCAAAAUCAUGCUAAUUGCAUUUCAUAAAAAAUGUGUAUGAAUAGACACAAAUUUAUUCAUUUUUUUAACACCGUUAACCUUACGAGGCCUAAUAAGUGUUAAUUUAUUAUUGAUUUGUCAUGCACUUAUGUAGUAUAACGAGGACAUUAUCUCCCUCUGAUGUAAGGGUCAGUUCUUUAGAAAAUGUAAUCUUUCAUAUGUAUAUCUGUCUGCUGAAUUAACAUCUAUCUCUCAAAGUAGCAGCGACACUGAUAACCUGCUGCACAUUUUAUAUUUCACACCGAUUAUUACUGGCCAAAUUAAGCCAGUCCUCAGCAAGAUGUGCCAGGAAGAUGCUCACAGUGUGUUAGACUGUUAACACUCUGGGGAUUAUCCUAGAUUUGCUGCUGAAUUUGUUUGCUAUUUACACUGAUCUCUAUGGAUGUAAUUGCUCCUAAUUUGUCUUUGUUCCUGAAAUUCUACAUAAAGUUGGCCAGAUCAGGAUAACCCACCUUGAUAAGCAAGUGUUGGCUCUUCAGAUGCUUGUUAAAUACCACUCCAUGAUGCUCAUCCGUAUGGUUAUCAAAAAUGCAUCUUUCAGGGCUGUAUUCACUAAAAUAUAGUAGGAAUUUGGUGACUAACCUCUGUGCCGAAAUCAACCAGGUGUUGUAAUUAUACAAACGGGAAUGUUUCAGGAUUAAGGCUCUGAAUCUAAUGUCCAGACUGCAUUUUCCAGAUAGAUUCCAUCUCUCUGUACUGGAAGUUGCUGAAACGUUUCAUAAAAUCAACAAACUCCUGUACUUUCAGUGACUCUGCUGAACUUAUCCCAUAAAUACCUAGCCGGCAGAUGUUUAUGGUUUUAUAUAUUCAGCACUCCGCAGCAAUUUCCAUAUUUUUAUGAGUUUUCAGUAAUUUUUUUUUGUAAACUAUAUAAUGUAUUAAAAAGAAACAACGUGCAUUUGAGAUCCUACAAAUUUGGCAAUGAAGACUUCCAGAUGUCAGGGUUGGCCAUUAAAGCAAACCUAACCUGCAAGUUUAUAUGACUGACACUCACUGUCCGAGCAAAACCUUUGUAAAAAUGUUAAGGCCACAGAGUUCAUCAGUUUUGUUAUUUUAUUUUUUUCCCCAUGUUUUCUUAGUAAAAAUGCCAUCUGACAUUCUGCACACCACACCAUCUUUCACAGCAGACGCCAUUUAUAGUGUGCUGAUUGGCUUGCUGGGUGUUCUGAGAGCCGUGAUCCACUUUUGUUGUCCGUCCUGACACUAACGCACGCUGGUAAGGGCAAUGAUCUUGUGAUGCUCAGUGCAGAUUCAUUGCUUCUCCUAAAUACGGAGCUGCCGUCCUUUCCUGGAACCAUACUUCAACAAGUGACAGGAACAAACAAUCUGGGUUUAUAAAUCCAACGAACGACCUGUUUUCCUGGGGACAGAAUGCUACACAAAUCGCUGUUCAUGAUGUGUGGAAAUAACCGGCCAUUUAUAAAUGAGUUCACUGAAAUUAUGGAUGUUUAAUUUCUCCCUUUUAUCUAAAUUAGUGUAAAUCCACCCCCCUGCCUGCAUGGCAUGCGGGAAAUUGUCUGAGAGCUCCAUGUUUGUCAAAAGGUUCAGGAGCAGCAAAACGCGUAAUCCAUUGAGUGUUGGAUAUAUACGCAAACAUUGCAAAGCAAUGCUCUGGCACUCAGAUGGUUAAUAAGUAUACAAUUUUGUAUUUUUUAUUGUUAGCAGAGGUUAAUAAUAGAUGUGUGUGUGUAACACUAGCUUCCUCUUGAUAAUGUUUUAAAACUUCUGUAAGUUGUUUUAGUGGUAGGGUAGAUGAAGUUCCCACAUGUUUCAUGUAGCCACCAGACUUAUAGAAGCGGGCGUCUAUCACACAAGGCAAGACCCAAGGUGCAGACUUUGCAAAGAGGCCUUUGAGACAAUCCAGCACAGUGUCCGGGAGCAAGAUGUUGGCACGGACAGCAUACACUGAGAGGCACAAUCAAGUUGUCGGGAAUGUGUUCAGAAAUAUCUGCACAGAAAAUGGGCUGAACCUCCCAAAUGGGGCACUCCACAAAGUUGGCUGAGAAUGACAGAGCUAAGAUCAUGUGGGACUUUCAGAUCCAGACAGACAAACAAGUAGCGGCCAACCAACCUAACAUUGUAGUGUUAGACAAGAAACAGUAUCCUAGCCCAGGGCUCGACAAAUCCCAGGCGUCAGGUUUAGUGAGUUUAUGAAAAAAGUGUGUGUGUGUGUGUGUCUGACAGUGUGUUCCUCUGAUCGCAUGGGAAAGGAGUUUUUUACUCCCCUUUUACCAUGCCUUGCCGGUUUCACCAUGGCUUGUCCCGCCUCCAUGGCUGAGAUAAUCAGUCUUUAUGAUCUCCGCUAAGUUAAUGCUUUCCCAAAGGAAAGCUUUGGGACGUUAUUGUGUAUGUGCAGCAAAAUGCGCUGCACAAUCAGCAUCUCCUCAUAGAGCUACAUUGAAUCAAUGCACCUCUAUGGGGAACAUUUAGUGCCAGCGUCUAGGAAACGCCUCCAGUGGCCGUCUGAGUGACAGCCACUAUAGGUGUCCCAAGGCCCCAAUGUAAACACUGCCCUUUCUCUGAAAAGGCAGUGUUUACAUUGAAAAGUCGGCAGCUAUAUGCCAUAGACACCAGAAUAACUACAUUAAGCUGCAGUGAUUCUAGUGACUAUAAUUUUGAACGAGAAAAAUGCAAUUCCUAAACUUUUAGUUUAAAAAAAAAAAAGAGACUGGCUCCUAACUUUUUUAACUGGCUCCUAAAUUCCAAACAAAUGUGUUAAGCCCUGUACUAGCCCUUUAUGUCAAGCAUUGAUUGACUUAUCAAGGGAUAUUUUAUUUUAUUUUUUUGAAUCUGUGCAUUUACUAAUUUUGUUUGUGCAGGUUAAUGAUGGAAUUUGAUAUGGGUUUAUUUUGGUAUUUAAUAUGUCUGAAAUUCCCUGGUUUUCUGUUAAAUUAGGUUUUGUGUACGUUUUCUUGAGAUUGGAAGCGGAUGUGAUUUGUUUUCUCUCGUGGCCCUAGACACACAGCUACGGAGCCCUAAUUGUAGUCCUCUAUCCCUGGUGGGCAAAACAAGAGACGUUCUGUAUGUAUCUAACUUGUGGAUUUAUCUGACAGACCUGUGUGUAAUAUUGAAAUACGGGCAGGUGCAUUUAGGAACGUCCAUCUUGAAGACUCCCAUCUGACAGCUGAUUCCUUUUUUUAAGUUCUCCUAAUAUUAGGAUGUGAAUGUUUCUUCCUUUCAUUGUGUCAGUUGUAUUAUUGACUCAUGCUGUUCCCGGACGGCUGCAGCAGGGCCUUUGAUUACAUUAAACACAGGGUUUUGUUCUCUCCAAUAUCUGAGCAAAUGUCUUUGUUCAGAUAGCUCCUUGUGCUGCAUUGCUCAUAAUGAAAGCUGACAGAUUGUUGCUUUUCCAUUUCUGAAUUAUUCGCUGUCUCGGAGAUGUUAAAGGUGUAGUUCUUUCCAUUCUGUUACUGCCACUUAUCUGUUUUCUGAUAGCUUUAUUUCCUCCCCAUACCUCGGGGAGAUAAGAUGGCAAACCAGAAUUUUGCUUAAACCCAGUUCUUGCUUUGCAUGAAAGCGGUUCCUUUUCUAGAGAGAUUGUUUGUUUGUAUCCGGCAAUUUGAGACUGCAUGUCAUGACAAUCAUAUUAGAAUUAGAACGCCAGGUUCCACCACCAGGAGGACAAUAAAGUACUGAUUUAUGUAAAUCCUUAAUUUGGAACAUUGUAUCCUUAACAAAUUAACAGUGUCUGUCUUCUUACAGCUGAUCUGCCACCUUUGGUCCCUCUGAGUAGUUUAUUACCACCAUAACCACCACAGCACAAAGAGAGGGAAUUUUCCAGAAAGUAUUUAGAAAAUUGGGCAGACUAGAUGGGCCGAAUGGUUCUUAUCUGCCGUCACAUUCUAUGUUUCUAUGUUUCUCUGUCUUUUAUGGAAACACACCUACGAAAACAUAGUGCAAACUCUUAGAAGGAAGAGAUGCCGUGGGUUGGAGCAUGGAAGGGCACAUAGAUGAAAGUGGGAUUUGUAGUCCGAGAUGGUGGUAGAAUGGUGGGAAAGGUAUAUUUGUGAUAUCCUCUCCUGGAACUACAUCAAUAUUUGUCCUCUCCAUAAUAACACAUCAUUAGAAAUUCAGAGGUUUACCAUACACAUGUGAUCAUUUCACAGUUUGUCAGGUGACCUUAAUGUUUGAUAGCUGCCCAAUGUAUUGUUAUUGGAUAAAUAGAUCUAUAUAAUAUGCUGUUUCUGUCACUUAAUUUUGCCAUUCUGUAUAUUUUUUUUUUUUCUUUUAAUAAAAUAUUGUUUACAAUAAAUCAUUCAUUUUGCACUGUGGAGUUUAUAGUACAGCAAUAGGAUAGAACGAAUGUGUCUAAAAAUGUGGAGUAUAACUAACUGUUGCUAAUAAAUAUUUAUAUACAAAAACUGGAGAUAAGACAUUGCCCAAAUAACAAAUUUUCUUGCAAUCUAGGAGCCAGCUAGAAAAGUUAGGAGCCAGAGAAAUAAACACCAAGAAUACAAUUCUUAAAGGGACACUUUAGUCAGUUUUCAGACAAAAGGCAGUAUUUACAUUGCUGCCUGGUGACACCUCUAGCAACAGUCACUCAGACGGCCUGUAGAGGUGCUUUCUGGAUCAGGGCUUCACAAUGUGCUGCACCUACGUUAAUGUUCCCUAUAUCUCUAUGAGAAGUUGAAUUGGCGCAGUGGCAUUUUGCUGUGCAUGUGCAAUAGUCUCCUAAUGCUUUCCUAUGGGGAAGCAUUGGAUUGACUUAGAUCGUCAAGAUUGAUGAUCUCAGCCAUGGAGGUAGGUCCAGAUGUGGCAUCACCAGCAUGGCGUGGGAAAAAAGGUGCGCAAAAACACUUUUCCCAUGUGUUCGGAGGGAACACACAUACUCACAGACGCACACUCAGACAGACUCACUCACAAGCGAUUACUUUUUUAUUUAAAUCCACCCAGCCUACCUUUGGAGAGCUGGAAUGGACAGGCUUUCCCUGGGGUCCAGUGGGACUGCUGUCAUCUCCCUGCACAGUUCCCUUUCGUGCACUGUUUAGUGAGACAGGGGCCAGAGUGACGUCACAACCUGGCAUCACUGCUGGGCGCCAUAGGCGUGCGCACGGGGUGUGCUGGGUGUGCCUGGGCACACCCCAAUCACACCUCCGUGCUGCACUGCCUUAGGGCAGACUGACAUGUCGGGUCCUUGACCCGACACAGGAGGGGGCCCGGCGGCUUGCCCACAAUGCCGCCGGGUGCGAGGCCCCUCCUGUCAGUCUGCUCUGACGGAGAUCCAGCCUCAGUCUGGAGCUCCGCCGGGAGUGAGCUGCAGACUGAGGUGUCUCGCAAUCUCUAGCACGUCAGACCAUUGCCGCAGCAACGCUCUGCCUGGAGAUCGCGAGACUCACCAUGUGGUCUGCAGCUCACUCCUGGCGGAGCUGCAGACUGAAGAGAGAGGGCGCCCACUGGACCAUCAGGGCAGGUAUUUAUAAACCCCCCUCUACCCGCUGUCACUCACUGCCCCUUCACCCCCCUUCUACCCCCUGUCACUCACUGCCCCUUCACCCCCCUUCUACCCUCUGUCACUCACUGCCCCUCUUCCCCCCGCCACUGCCCCUCUACCGCCCUGCCACUGCCCCUCGGCGCCCACUGGACCACCAGGGCAGGUAUUUAUAAACCCCCUCUACCUGUCACUCACUGCCCCUCGCCCCUUCACUGCCCCUCUACCCCCCCGCCACUGCCCCCCUGAUCAAACAACCUGUAAACCUUUGUUAAGCUGAAGUGGUCUGGGUGCCUAGAGUGGUCCUUUAAUAUUCUUAAAAACACCGGAGAGUGCAUCUUUCUUCAAUAUUAUUAUUUAUCAGCAUAAGAUUGCACCAGGGCACUUUACUAUUCAUUACAUCAGGAAGGGUGAGUGCCAUUAUUUGUGAUAUAUGUAUGUAUGUAUGUAUGUAUGUAUGUGUGUGUGUAUAAAAAUGCAUAUACACGCGGCAUGUGUGUUUGUGCUUUAGGGUGCACACCCUAAUGCAACAGGCUGCGCGCGCCUAUGCUGGUCCCGCAGAGGAGCAUAGCAGGAAGAUUACAGCUCCCUCCCUCGUCGCCUCCGCACUCAGUCAGCUGCUCGCCUCCUUCUGCUCUCCAUUACCCGGCCGCCCGCCUUCCUCCACUCCCCGUGGGCUGACCUUCCUCCCUCAUUCAGCAAUAAAUGAGCCGGCCACCCCCUCCGUUUGUGAGCCCUACCUGCCUCAGUUCUCCGUGAUCUGACUGGCUGCCUCCCUCAGGCUCACAAAUCCCAGGCCCUGCAUAAUGUAACCUACAUUUUGCAUUAUGUGUAGGUUAGGUUACAAUUAGUUAUUUUGGGUGGGUUUAUAUUAUUAAAGGGAUACUCCAGGCUCCCACACACGUUAGGUGCACUGUGUAAGUUAUGUCACAAUUAGUUAUACUGGGUGGGUUUAUAUUAUUAAUGGGACACUCCAGGCUCCCACACACAUUGGAUGCACUGUGUAGGUUAUGUCACAAUUAGUUAUACUGGGUGGGUUUAUAUUAUUAAAGGGACACUCCAGGCUCCCACACGUUAGGUGCACUGUAUAGGUUAGGUUACAGUUAGUUAUACUGGGUGGGUUUAUAUUAUUAAAGGGACACUCCAAGCUCCCACACACAUUAGAUGCACUGUGUAGGCUAGGAUACAGUUAGUUAUACUGAGUGGGUGUAUUUAUUAAAGGGACACUCCAGGCUCCCACACUUGUUAGAUGCAGUGUGUAGGUUAGGUUACAGUUAGUUAUACUGGGUGGGUUUAUAUUAAUGGGACACUCCAGGCUCCCACACACGUUAGGUGCAGUGUGUAGGUUAGGUUACAGUUAGUUAUACUGGGUGGGUUUAUAUUAUUAAAGGGACACUCCAUGCUCCCACACACGUUAGAUGCACUGUGUAGGCUAGGUUACAGUUAGUUAUACUGGGUGGGUUUAUAUUAUUAAAGGGACACUCCAGGCUCCCACACACAUUAGAUGCACUGUGUAGGCUAGGUUACAGUUAGUUAUACUGCCUGGGUUUAUAUUAUUAAAGGGACACUCCAGGCUUCCACACACGUUAGAUGCACUGUGUAGGUUAGGUUACAGUUAGUUAUAUUGGGUGGGUUUAUAUUAUUAAAGGGACACUCCAGGCUCCCACACACGUUAGAUGCACUGUGUAGGUUAGGUUACAGUUAGUUAUAGUGGGUGGGUUUAUAUUAUUAAAUGGGCACUCCAGGCUCCCACACACGUUGGAUGCACUGUUUAGGGUAGAAUACAGUUAGUUAUACUGGGUGGGUUUAUAUUAUUAAAGGGACACUCCAGGCUCCCACACACGUUAGGUGCACUGUGUAGGUUAGGUUACAGUUAGUUAUACUGCCUGGGUUUAUAUUAUUAAAGGGACACUCCAGGCUCCCACACACGUUGGAUGCACUGUUUAGGGUAGAAUACAGUUAGUUAUACUGGAUGGUGUAUUUAUUAAAGGUUAGAUGCACUGUGUUUGGGUAGGAUUAUAUUAUUCAAGGUGCCCUCCUGCCACAUUGAUAAUGCAGAAGAAUUUACAAACCUAUUAUCAAUCUCCAUCAUUCUACUUUGACAACACUGAUGGUCUGUGUCAGAGAAAGCAAUCCAGGAAGGAAGAUAUUGAUGAUAAUGAGGAAGUAUAGAUUCCAUAUUAGCUAUGUGAAUGUGAAGGCUUCAGUCUCCGUGUGUAGUGAACAGCUCUAGGUAUUGGCAAACCUAUUAUAAACCGCUAGAUAUAAUACCGUAGGAAAGCUUCUAGAGAUUCUAGGCAAUAUAACUAUUAUGAUUAGACUAUCCCUAUUGAUGAUUUAUUAUCGAGUAGCAAAGUUAAACCGUUCUCCUAACUGGAUGUUUGUCAGAAAUGGACCUUUAGGUGACCUCCGUGACGGGCCUCAAAGAAAGUCAAAACUAUUGUCCAGGACUCCUGGACAUUAAGGGGACCUACCUGUCAUUUAGGUUCUACACUGUCCAUCUGGGUGGGAUCAGCCCGGUGUGUAACUGCAAAAGAAUAGCUUGUUUGAGUAUUUAUUAAAGGACCACUAUAGUGCCCCCACCCUCAGGGACCCCCUCACGCCUGGCUCUGGAAGGGGGAAAGGGGUUAAAACUUACCUUUCUCCAGCACCGGGCGGGGAGCUCUCCUCCUCCUCUCCUCCCCGUCGGCUGAAUGCGCACGCGCAGCAAGAGCUGCACGCGCAUUUAGCCGGUCGCAUAGGAAAGCUUUAUCAAUGCUUUCCUAUGGACGCUUGCGUGCUCUCACUGUAAUUUUCACAGUGAGAAUUACGCAAGCGCCUCUAACGGCUGUCAAUGAGACAGCCGCUAGAGGAUUAGGGGGAAGGCUUAACCCAUUCAUAAACAUAGCAGUUUCUGUGAACCUGCUGUGUUUAUAAAAAAAUGGGUUAACCCUAGCUGGACCUGGCACCCAGACCACUUCAUUAAGCUGAAGUGGUCUGGGUGCCUAGAGUGGUCCUUUAAUGCCUUUAUAUAUAAUUUAUUGUUUUUGCUUGUUUUAAUGUGAAAAGCUCUUAAAAAAAAAAAAAAAAAAAAACUAUAUUUUGGAAUUGUCUUGUUCAGUUUUCCUUUAGUUUUUCUUAGUUUUUUUACUGCCAAUUACAUUGCUUUCUUUCAUUUCAAUUAUCCGGCUUCAUCUCCCAGUAUUUUCAGUGUCUGAGUAUCCUAAAUGACAGCAGCCCUUUAUUGUACCUGUUUAGACCAUCGUGUUUACUCUCUGUUAACAAAUAAAUUCAUUUUUAUAAAAUAUUCUGUUUCCCUCACACAGGUCUUGGAUUGUCUAUCGCAAAGUUUACACAGAAAAUAAGUGCCCGGUGUGCCAUCGCUAUUGACCAGGACUGGCAUUGUAGAUCUUUCGGCAUGGUGCCCAGCUCCUCCUGGCACAGUCUAUGAAUCUUUUGCUAUGCGCCCGUCAGCAGACAGCAGCGCUGUGAGGUAAGGUGAUUUCUUACUAUUUUGCUAGUACUCACUCUACCUUCGAUGUUUUAUAAAUUCAUGCAUUGCAUCGUCAUCCCUAUUAUUAGUUUAAAGGAAGGGAGAGGGAGCAGCCAAGGUGACUGUAGGAGACCUUAGGCUGAAGGUAAAAAGCCAAUGGACUAAUAAUUGGACAAGACUCUGUGGGUUGGAAACUAAGGAAAGUAGCAAAUAUCCCUAGGUAUGCAGAGAAUGUAACCGCUCUUGGAACGGGUCUGAGGGUGCAGUUCCAGAGGACUGAGCAGGCUGGUGGUAAAGGUCCUGUGAAGGGUGAUACUAACAUUAAAUUUAACUCAUUUCUAUUAACCCUCAUUUCAAUUUGAUUCAUUCUUGGGUGUUAUAGGUUGUGUUUAUCAGUUUAAGGAUGGUGCUCUGGAAAACUUCAUAAACAGUGGGCGAAAAAACAGGCCAUCUCGCUAACCAUACUGAGCGGCCAAACGUUAAACUAUCCCAAACGCUAGCUUAUAGAUCACUGACCGGUUUAUACAGAUCAUUAACAAUUUCACUUAUACUAAGUUUAUAUAGUAGUUUUACAUUAACUGUAAAGAAUUUAGAAUGGUUUAUCUGUUAUUGUAUAAACUAUACUAACUGAGAGAAUGAGAAAAUAUAUUUGUUUUAUUGAAUAUACAUUGUGCGUUCCUUCUCACCUGUAUAUAACUGUUAAAUCAAAAAAUGAGACAACUCUCCCUCCCACCCCAGCCUCCUUUGGGGAUCUUUCUGAUGCAUGGAUUCUUCUCGCUCUCGCAGGUUUUCAGUUUUGAAGCAAUUACAAGAUGAUGUGUCACAAUCUGAGGAAAAGUGGUCUUGUUUUAUGAGUGAAACUUGCAGCAGUAAUUGAAAAGUGCUCGGGAAUUGAUUUUUGUGGUGUUUUGAAACCUGCCUUAAACAAGUUUUUAAACGAAUGUAAAGGGAAACUGUCCUGUCUGAGCUUUAGGAAAUAUUCCAAAAUUACUUUUUAUUAUUAUGAUUAUAUUAUAGCAUAGUGCAGGGCUGCCCGUAAGUUGGAACCCCCUAAUAUUUUAGAACAACACCACCCAAGAUGCUUUGCCAACCUUUAGAAUGCCCUGCCAUCACGUAUGUUAUACAUGAUCAUGUAAGUUAUAGUGUUAAAACAUCUGGAUAUGUACCAUUUGAGUUCCCUUUACAUAGCGAAUGAGUGCGUCCGUUAAAGGAACCUACAGUCCAGAAAAUAACCAUCCUCAUUUUGGAACUAGUUUCCAACGCCGGGACUACACUUCUGCAGUCUCCGGCUCCUUUUUUAAAGACAUUUGCGUGCUUACUGGUGGCUGUCAGGAAGACGGGCGCUGGACCUGAUUUUAACUCCGCAAUGUGAACAUCACAGUAUCUACAAAAACUAUAAUGUUGUACAUUGCAGGGUUAAAAUGGCAUGCCUGCUGCACCCAGACCACUUCACAGAGAUGAAGUUUUGGUAACUAGAGUUUACCUUUUAAGGAGUAACACAAUCUUAAAAUAUCUUUAGUGUUUUGGCAUUUUUUGUAAUCUGUUGAUUUAAGUUAUAGAGACAUGUUAGACUAAUCCGAGGUGAGGAUAUUAUUCCUUUCAUAUGCAACUGAAGGAUAGAGGUGUUGCUGUGAUGUCUGAAGUCAUUAGACUGUUGUUCGUCCUUCAUUUUGCUGUCGCCUCUCGAGCAUAGGAAGUGAUGGUCUCCUGCAGUUCUGUUUCCAUUUUUCAGUAUGGAUGAUAAAGGGGAACGCUUAUAACGAUGUCUCUGUAGGGACCAAUUACGGAUAUUCUAAUGACAGGCAUUACGUACGGUGGUAAAAACAUGUUGGGCCCUGGGUUUCAUGCAUUCAGGAUGUUUGGAAAACAUGUCCCUUUCAACAAUGUUUAAACAAAUGUGUUUUCAUUAAGUCCUGUUUGCACUGCACCUGGAGACACUCUCAGUCUCGAUCAGGGUGUUUUAUACAAAUUGGAUCUUGGCGUAAUAUCUUGUCUGCACUGCAAAGUUUCCAACCUUUCACUUCUGAUUCACAGCGCAGAAAGAAAACCUAAAAUAAAGUGUGCUUCUCCAAUAGAUCCAUGAUGCAACUCUUCAAAUGGGCUUUUUCAUUUUUAAUCCAGUUUGUAGCGUGAUGAAUUCAUCCAAACUUUACUUAAAAUACUAAUUUAAAACAUUUGUGAAAAAAUCUUGCUUUAGUGUUAAUCACUAGUAUACAAAGAUGGUCCUGAUUUAUUUUUUUCUUCAAAGACCUAACAAGCUGACACCUCCUAAAGCUCUGUAGAGAUCUAAACAGGGGACAGAGAAAUCAGUGGGGCCCUGCAUUUGUGUAAAUUAUAACUACUGGGGUACAUCACUAAGAUCAGUGUGUUAUUGGUUAAAUUAGACCUGUAUAGGGGAUGAGUAAUUUUGAUGUCCUCAUCCAGUCUUGGAUUUUUAGGAUUUGUUAUCGCCUGGAUAUGUUCCUCUGUUGUUUGUUUAGUGUGGAUAUGCGUCCUUUGAUCGUUGCACAGAAUGUCAGCUCUUGGAUGAGAAACGCUCUAAGCCAAUGAAUUGUGACAGCCGUCACUUCUGCGCAUCACCCGACUGCCAGAGAGCAUCGGAGCCCUGCAGUGAUCUAGGUGAUUGGGGAAAACCGUUGUUAAACGGUUUUGUCUAUUACUGGGGAAUCAGGCCAGGGUACAGCAGACUGUAGUGUUUAUGAUGCUUGGAGUAACCCGUUAAGUUCAACAAGCCAUGUUUGCUUCCAUAGAUUUCUUCACCGCUUCCAAGUCAUAAUUAGUGUGACUAAAAAGCUCACGCAAGUCUGUAGACACUAACAAGGCUUUCCAUUCACUCAGAGGAGUCUUGCUCAUUCAUCAUCUAGACCAGCGAUUGGAAACAGAUGGUCUGUGGACCACUGAUAGUCCGCAAGAAGAUUUUGCUGGUUGGUGGAAACAUUUGGAUAUUAUUUGCAAUUUUUGCCUUCUGCCCGCAACAAAUUAUUUUAGGAUCACUGACCUCAAAAAAAUAUUUGUUGUGGGCUACAGACCCGCACACAAGGGUGGCCUAUGCACUUAGGGUGACCUAAUGGGCAUGUGUCAGCAGGGGCCUGGUUGAGGUGGUUGAGGCCCCUUAAUAACGCAACCCCCUUUUACAUCACCAGCAUGGGAGGAAGUUAGUCGCAAGUCACUACCUCCCCGAUAACUGGAGUAGCGCGGGAGACAGGACAUAGUGAGAAGGAGGUGGGAGUGCCAGAGCCCAACUCCCAUCCACCCCAGCCAGCACGCUAGACCCCAGGGAAACCACCCUCCUUGUUGCCAAGAAUACAUAAACUUAUUUCAAACAAGCAGCAACAAAUAAAACACUAAUAAUUUUAUUAUAAUUAAACAAGUACAUUUCAUAUCAAUAAAAUGGAACUUUUAUGUUCAUUAUUCUGUAGAUGUUUGAACCUUUUUAAAUAAACAUUCCUGUUGGUGGUCCGCGGGAUUCAAAAUGGUGAGUUGGCGACUGCUAACCUAGACCAUAAAAUCUGGUCAAUAUGCUAUAAAUGCUGGACUGCAUUCUAUAACGCUUUUAUACCUGCCUUGGGUUACACUGUGACACACCAAGAUCAAUAUACCCAGUAACUAAUGAUUUCACUACCUGAAAACCUGGUGGUCUGUGGGGGCCUCCUGAAAUUGAGUUUCCUAUAAUUUUAUAAUCUAAUAAUUCUAUUCUAAUAUAUAUAUUGGAUCAUACAGGUGGUCCUCAUUUAGCGACCUACCUGUUUUAUGACUGCUCGCACUUACGACCAGGCGCAAGUGCGGGCCGUCAUGGGGAUUCCCUGCCCUGGUGCGUUCGUCUAUGUUCGGGGAAAUGUCCCCGAACAUAGAUAAGCGCACCAGAGCAGGGAAUCCCUUAAUUCCUCUCUUACCGACUAAUUCAUUCUACGACCGGUUCGUAGGAAAGGAACCCAGUCGGUAAGUGAAGAGUGUCUAUAUUUAUAAUAACCUAUAUGGUUAAGUUUCCAAGCUAAGUUAACGUGAAUACAUUAUUCUUUUUAAUAAAGCUCUGUAGUGUCAAUAGUUGACUAUUUCACUUGUGCCACUUGGAUCCGUAAAUCAAUCCUAGGGGUGGUUAAUUUAGGUGUUUUGGUUAAUUAUCUAGCAACCCUCCUGAGUGUCAUAUAUCCCUGUUUCUCAGUUUAAUGCCAUCUGGAGGUUUUUUGUGGUGGUUUUUUGUUUACAGUAUGUGUGAAGAGGUGCACACACAAAGCUGUACAUUUGGACAUUAGAAUUGGGUACAUCUGCUCUUUAAAUGCAGCCACUGAUAAACAGUAAUAGGUCACCUGCAAAGAAAUGAACAACCGAGCUAGCAGCUGAAUGACGUAAUGAAGGGAAUACAUGAUCAAGACAAAUAUAAACACUAAUGGCUCCAAACUAGACCUGUGCAAAAAUGUGUUUUAAGUGUUUUGUCAGAAUAAAAUUCGUUUUACAAAUCGAUAUCGGAAAUUCAGUUAGUUUGUGAACGAACUGAAUUGUCUGGUUUUAUUUGUUUGAUUGCCAAGAAUUUGAUCCUAACUUGUAGCUUAAAAUAAAUUUUUGCCCAUGUCUAGCCCAAACUAUAGCAAUAAAGUGCAAAUGCAGUUGUAGGGGACCAUUGCAGUUUUAAAGUGUGUUAAAGGGGCACAAUAGGGUCAGGAACACAAACCUAUAUUUCUGUUAAAACCACCAUCUGGCCCCCUCUUGCCACCCUAAAUAUAGUAAGAUAUAAAAUCAGCAGAAGUGGUGAUCUGAGCCAAUCACAAUGCUUCCCCACAGGGUUGGCUAAAACCAUCAAGGAGGCAGAUAAGGGGCAGAGCCAGCAGAAGCCAAACACAGCCCUGGCCAAUCAGCAUCUCCUCAUAGAGAUGCAUUGAAUCAAUUUAUCUCUAUGAGGAAAGUUCAGUGUCUGCAUGCAGAGGGUGGAGACACUGAAUGUCAGUCACACUGUGCAGCACUGCCCCAGGAAGCACCUCUAGCAGCCAUCAGCGGAGUGGCCAGUGGAGGUAUCCCUAGGCUGUAAUGUAAACACUGCAUUUUCUCUGAAACAGUGUUUACAGCAAAAAGCCUAAAGCGAAUGAUUAUACUCACCAGAACAAAUACAAUAAGGUGCAGUUGUUCUGGUGACUAUAGUGUCUUAUUAAUAACUCAGUCUAAUUUGUGUGUGGAAAGGUGCAUGAUGCAAAGAGGGACUGUGAGCGCCAUCCCACAUUCUUUUGUGAAACUGUUUUGGAGCAGUUUGACAAUUAUAGAGAGAAAAAUUCUCCGUGAUCAUGCACAGCCCCUCCUACUAAGCGUUUUUAGACCCUGAUCACCAUCCCAUUUCAAAAUAAACCUUUUACAAGGAGAGGCAAAUCGUGUGUUUCUGUCUCUCUCUCCUCGUCUAGUAAGAACAAUUUAUUUUUUUGUUUAAUAAGCAAUGUGCGUAUGAACAAUGGUGCAUAAUAUAUUAGAUUUAUAACACACAGGCUUAUAAAAAAUCUUAAUAAACUACAUGCCUUUCAAUAUAAAAGUUAGCCAUUGCAUGAGAUCUCUUCUUAUUUCUGAGUCCCUUUCUUUGCAAAGUAAUUAUAGAGGCAUCAUUAAUCACACCCGACUCUUUGCAUUCGGAGCCUUUGACAAGGAGCAAUACUUACUCAUUUUUCAUAAUAAAGAAAUAAGGACUUUGAGGUUGAUAAAAUGUUUUUGCUGCCUCUUGAAAAGAUUUUCAAGCAAAGCUAUAAAAAGCAUAUAUAUUUUUUUUAAAUUUAAUUUAUUAUUCUUUUAAAUUGUUCUUUGUGGUGAUCUGAUUCAAUGGUGAUAAAAUCAUCCACUCCAAAGAAAUGUCCCAUACUCACCGGGAAGCCAAAAUGUGCUCUCCACUCGGGUUAUGGUGUUUGAAUGUUAGUUUACCUUAUGUCUUUGGUUUAUUUAUCCCAGAAUUCUAAAUACCAAGGGCAUAUAGCAAGCCAGUGGGGCACUCGGGGCAUUUUAACCAGUACAGCUAACUGUACUGGGUAUGCUACCAGAAGUCUGUGGGGAUUGUCCUUUGCUUUUUGGUAGCAGUUUGACAAAAAACAAUCCUUUCUCCCAGACUCGGAGACCCUCCCCUCCUCUGCCUACUUGAUAAUGCAGAAUGGACACUUCUGCAUUGUUUGGCUGAGCCAAAUGGGGGUGAGUAUACCCAGCAGCCAUCUUGAAGGAGAGGCUGAAAAUAGAAGGAAGGGGGAAUACUGCACUGCGAGAAGGUGCAUGGUCUAGCAAGCUAUUGACAGAUCAGGAGAUAAAAAAAACAAAAUCUAAAUUCAUUAUAAAUUAAUUUGCAGUAAAGGAAGUGUAAACAUUAGAUUACUCUUUACAGGAAGUGUUUAUGGAAGGCUGUGUAAGUCACAUGCAGAGUGGUGUGCCUAGGGCUGCAUAAACAAAGUGGUUUAACUCCUAAAUGGCAGAUAAUUGAUCAGUAAGACUACAGGGACAUGAUCUAUACACCAACACUGCUUCAUUAGGCUCAAGUUGUUUUGUGCCUCUAGUGUCCCUUUAAGAGUGACUGCUUAAGAACUGCAGUUAGCUUGCUACAGCCUGGAGUGACUGUGUCCAUGGCACACUGAUUGAAAACUACCUUUAUAUAAGACACCGUUGAUUAUCAAUUGAAAGUUGUGUAGCUGGUUAUUGGAGUGUCACUGUUCUUCCCAAUGCAACAGACAUACUUUCACAAUGGCCAAGGUCUACGAAAGGUGGUGUUUAGAAAUUUAGCAGUUAUUGUAUUAAAAUUAAAAAAAUGAUCACUGGAACUCAUUUUACAGUUGAAGAAUGGAUCUCUUAGCUGUUUCCAAUUAACUACUCUGGUUCUCUGUAAGCAAAAAGGUUAAUUAACACUACGUAAUAUGUGAAGCUUAUUUAGGUUGCUUCUCUGUUUUGCGGCACGGGUAAAGGGUACCGCUUAUAGGCUUUCAUUUUUGUCAGUGGGCACUUGGUUGUCUGCCUAUUGUUUUAAUUAUUCAUUUUUAAUUUAAAAAGUGUAAUAAAUCAGUAGUUUGAUCACUGAAAAAAAAUGAUUAACUGUGAACCACUUGUGAUUUCUUUUGCAGUCUGCCUAAAACCAUGUCACAUUACACAGAUGAGCCAAGAUUUACCAUAGAGCAGAUCGAUCUGCUUCAACGCUUGCGACGUACGGGAAUGACCAAACAUGAAAUUCUCCACGCCUUGGAGACGUUAGAUCGUCUUGACCAAGAACACAGUGGCAAGUUUGGGAGGAGAACAAGCUACGGAACAAGUUCCUACAGCAACAGCACCAACAAUGUCCCUGCAUCUUCAUCAACAGCCACCGCUUCCACGCAGACCCUUCAUUGUGGUAUGUCACCUUCUCCAAGCAACAGCUGUGACACCUCACCACAACCUUGCACUACCAAUCAGAAUGGGAGAGAGAGCAACGAGAGGCUUCCGACAUCCAAUGGGAAGUUAUCUCCAACUCGCUACCAUGCAAAUAGCAUUGGGCCAAGGUCGUACAGCUAUGAAGCUUCAGAGGAAGAUCUGGAUGUGGAUGACAAGGUGGAAGAGUUAAUGAGGUCAGUCCUGUAUAUGUUUUCCACUUUAGAUAAGAUAAGUGAAUGAGUUACAUCUAUCAAGACAAUUACAUUUCUUUUCAUGUAUUGUUAUGCUAUUUUUUUUUUUUUCCAUGCUUGGAGGCUUCUAUUUUCUAAUGAAAACACCUGCAGGGGAAUCAGAAGUUAAGCCUUUCAUAAAGUUCUAACUCUGGCCUUUUGUUGCUAAAUAGUCUUCAUGGCGUAAAUCUCCUCGUAGGAUCACCUUCCUGUGGCAUGUACACUCCGGAUUGACACUGGCGAGAGAUUUGCAGAGUUAUAAAUCUUUGACCUGAAAGCCUUAUUCCUAAUUGAGUUUUUCAUUUCCCAGAGAGCAGGGUGACUUCUGACACCACUCUGCAACAGCGGUGAUUAGUCAGGGAAUUAUAUGAAUUCAUUCUUUGUGAUUAGCAGGUAUUUAUGUUAUUAAUAUGAGAUAUCUGUCUGUACCUGUUCUGAGACUAGAUUGGGAAUUUAAUCAGGGAUGAUAUUUAAUAAACUGGUAUUUUCCUUCAUUUCUGGUUGUGAAUUAAAGUGGAAUAAAGUUAAGAUUAUUUAAUGUUACAUGGGUCUCUUGGCUCAAAUGAAUCUCUCUUGCUCCUUGUACAAUUUAAUAUGAGUAGGGAGGGGGGGGAGAAGGUUGCCCAAUAUUCUCCCCCUAUGCCCAGCAUUGCUUAGUCCAUAUGACUUUCAAGAUUGUUCCAAUUUUUUGUGUCUUGCCAAAUGUCCUGACUAUGAUGCCUGGUCUAUGUUUAUAUUAUGACAGGCUGUUAACACCUUGUUAUAUAUUGCAAAUUAUCACAUGUUGAUGAGAAUCCCUAAUUUAACUGUUAUGCAUUUCAAAAUAUCUUCAAUAAUAUUUCCAAUUAGAAGAACAUUAGCAAAUUAGAGCUUUAAUUUCCCCAAAUUAUAGUACCAUUGGAAGCUUUAAUUAGCCCAGUUAAAAAUAACAAUGAGGAAUCCAUUGGCCUGGUCUCAGACCGCUUUGAGAGGGGAUACCUGACUUUUUUUUUUUUUAAAGCAACCCAAAAGAGGGAUCAGAGUGUGUUUGACUUCUAAAACCCAAUCUCUGUGAGAUUUAUUUAACCCCUUAAGGACAUAUGUGACACAUCAUGAUUCCCUUUUAUUCCAGAAGUUUGGUCCUUAAGGGGUUAAAGAAACAGUCCAAGCACCAUAACCACUACAAUGCACUGUAGUGGUUAUGGUACACGCAGUGCGCCUAUGCAAAUAACAAAACAAUUUGAGAAUGGUUGAAUUCUUACCAGGGAUCUACUGGAUGCCCUUCCCUUCUGUUCUGAGAGUCAGAAGCUCUCUGAGUUAAGCCAGGCAGUGCAAGGUUUAGCUCAUUGGCUGAGAGUGAUCAGUCAAUGACAUAGACCUGCAAUGCAGACAGGAAGGAAGGCGAGGUGGGGAGCAGCAUUCAGUGAACCCCAGGUAAGGGGGUCAAACUAUUCUAAAACAUGUUAACUACGAGGGCACCCCAGCACUGCUGAUACCAUAACCUCUACAGCGAGAUGUGUGGGUCCAUUUAAAGCAUCACCAACCACAACCAGUCUGUGUGUAAAUAGGAAAUUAUAGAUAACAAUCUGCCAUUUGGUGUGGGUUGGCUCUCGGAAUAUGGAUAUAUUUGCUAAACAAAUACUGUAGAUUUCUCCCUCAAACUCUGUAAUUGGUUUUGAAAUUUCUCAUUUCUUUUUUAAUUAGAAAAUAGAUUAAAAUUCUGUUGUGGCCUUUACUUGCAGCUGGAUUUCAUUUCUCGGUUUAAUUAAGUGCUUUCUUUGCCUAACUUAACAAUUUAAAGAGCUUUAAGCACUGUUUUAACUACAGUGGCUUGCUUGUUUGCAUGCUGGAGAUAGUGAUUUGUUUUAGAGGGGGACAUAUAUUUUAAUAAAAGCUUAAUUAAUAUGUUUCAAUUUCACGUAUCAAAAUAAUUCAUAUAAAUGGUAAUAGUAUUUCUUUAUGAAAAAUGUAGGAACAACAGGGAUUUAACUCCACCAAAUGGUGCCUUCAUUAGUUUAUACCAAGCAUCAGGUGGUAAAAGGUCUAUAUGUUUAAGUGCACCUACCCCUUUAAAUGGCCCGUAGACCCCUUACCAGAAAGGAGAUGCAUUCAGGACCUUUUUACAUGCCUCUAUAGAGUAAGGUCAUCACCCGGUCAGAUUAUCCAUAAUCCACCUUUAACUUGAAAAUUUAGUUCACUAUCUUUCAAACAAGGUCUUGCUGAUCUCGAUCUGAACAUGGAGUUCUAAGUGUUAUUAUUAAAUUUCCUCCCUAUACAAUACUUGUGGCUUCUCACUCGAUUUCCACUAUAAUGCAGACAUUUUUCUCUCCUUUUACAAAGGUUCCUGAACAUGUUGAGCAGAACUUCUGCCAGUUCAAGCGGGAGCAGAAGGUAAAUCUUCCACGCUCCCUACAGGUUUACUGUUCCACACUAGAUACAAUUGAGAACAAUGUAGGAAAUAAAAAUAUACACAUCCUGUUCUAACAAAAAAAAAUAAAAAAAAAAAUACUGACCUAGUGGAGCUCCCUCAUCACCUAUGAUGAUUACUGUCCUGGAUUCUCGUGCCUUAACAGACCAAGCUGGAUGAGAUGUUUUGAAUUCCCAAGGCCAUCAAGGCUCUGGAAUCUGUUCCGAGAGACCUGAUCCUUGGUUUUAGAAUGAAACUGGUUUUCUUCCUACAAUCAAGGGACAGACCCUUUGAGCAGCUUUGAGAGUCACACAGUUUCCUUCGGUCUAUAAAUACUCAUUUAUCCGCAUUCAUCUCCCUUUUAUACGGUUAACCACCUGAGCUAUUUCAGGAGACCGUUUCUAGCGGUGUUUUCCUGUCUAACAUAAUAUGUCCACUUAACGCUCUUAUGGAAAAGUAUGCUUUUGUCCAAAAAGGUUAUUUGUUCCUUUAAUUUCUUUUUGUGCAAUUCACCAGCGGGUUACCUCCCUAAGUGAUCCUCCAAAGCAUUGCCAUGAUUAUCUGUGCCACUAUCAUCUCAAAAUUUGUGAGCACUGUAGACCCGUAUUACUGUAAGCGACAGUUUAACCAAAGGUCCAAGUAGUUUCUAGAAUAUAUACCGUUAUGUUUUUCUUCCCAAAGCCUUUUGAACACAAGCAUGUUGCAAGUAAAAAGUUAGGUGAAGUUCCAAACCCCUCAGUCCAACUCCAUUCUCCCCUCUACUAGAGGGGGCCUUUGAUCCUCAUAUAUUCAGUGGGGACCGAGUUUUCCAGGACAUACCAGAUGUUUAUAAUAUUGCUUGGUUCUGAAGGCAGAAAUAUGUCCGUAUCAUUGAAUUUUUGUGAGCUCUUUUGGUGCAAAUGAUACCCCAGUUAUAUACACCUACACUUCUCCUACUUCCCCAGCAUUAAGUAGAAAUAUGCUUAUUUUCAUACUGCUGUGCAUGCAGACUACAAAAUAACUCAUUGUGAAUGUAAUAUAGGAGGUACAUGUGUGCAAAGUAGGAUUUUAUUUUUUAGUAUCUUUAUUUAUCUAGGAUAAGCUGAAUGAUCAUAGUUUGAACAUGAAAAUUAAACAUCACUAAACUUAAAAUAUACAAUAUUUGUGUACGUAUAUUUUUCUGUUUACAAUCAGAGAUUUUUUUUUAAUGUUAAAACAGAUACGUGAACUGGUUAUGUAGGGAGAAUUGUGGGACAAAUGGCAUAAUAUGUCUACGUUUUAGCAUUUCUAGAAUAACUGCAUAGGUGGGCUAUUUUAUUAUCAGCGUUAAGAAGAAAGUAAAAUUACUUACCUCCACUGCGCUUCUGCGUUCUUGCCGAGUUUUCCUAUGACAUGCAUGCUCUGCGUUUUCUCCGUCAGUGUUACAAGGCGCGAAAGGCGUUAACUAAUUAACAUGCUUUGCCCAGUGUGCCUGAGAAAACUGCAAUUAAAUUGAACUAAAAAAAACAAAAUAGGACAACCAAUAGCUAACUUUUGGUUUCUAUUUUAAGCUAUUCCUAUGCACUGCAUUCCAUGCAGGAUAGUGCAUGUCUUGAAUGUAUGUCUUCUGGGAAAAGGAACUACAGACCAGCAGGGAAUCCUCUGGAAAUGGGGUUUUACAGAAGACCGCUUAGAGUGCUAACAUUCCUCUAGCAGUGUAAGCAAAGCUCAGAAUAGGUUCGGUCGCAGAAAUGUUAAACUGCACAUCAAAGUUGUGAUAGUUGUUUGUUUAUGCUUCCGGCAAUCUGUGGGAUGCCGUCAGUUUUACGUCAUAUGUAUAUUUUUUGCCUCUGAAUCUGACUUGACUUCCAUCAGUAUUCGCGUUGGCUUAAAACCCCAGACAGAGUCUAAAAUCAGUGCGGUGUUUAAAUAGAUGGGAUGUAUUUUUAGCUUUUUUUUUUUUCCUUGUCUCUCUGCAUCCUUUGUAUGAAACUCAGUGUGGGUUAUAUAUAAAUAAUGGUGCAAUCUCUAAUACUCGGCGAGAUCUAUGUGGUCACGUAUUUACCCUUCUGUAUGGAAUGUAUAAAAAUGGGGAAAUGGACUUUAUACAUGUGAACAAAAUAGGCAAUUUGGACUUUUUACUAUAUCAGUCUUGUCUGGUGGUUAAGCACUACAAGCUUUUUACACAUUAAAUACAAAGUACGUAGGAGGGGCACUAUUCAAGCUCCAAGAAUUUUGGUACCUGUGCCGUGAGUUAAGGUCCUUACCCCAAGGAUCCAAAAGUAAUUAAAAAAAGAAAGUUUUAGCACAUGCUUGUAUCUCUCAAUGUAUGCCUAGCAAUAUAAAAACUCCAGGUGCAACGUUUCAACAUGAUGUGAAUCUUUAUCAUGCCAUCAUCAUGGCCAUUGUGUCUUUUUUUAUUUUUUUUAUUAUUUAUUAGCAUGUUCCUUUAAAGGACCACUAUAGUGCCAGAAAAACAAACUUGUUUUCCUGGCACUGUAGUGCCCUGAGGGUGCCCCCACCCUCAUGGCCCCCUACCGCCGGGCUGAAGGGGAAGGAAGGGGGUUAAAAACUCACCUUUCUCCAGCGCCGGGGACUCUCCUCCUCCUUUGGCCGCCAUUGGCUGGAUGCGUGCACAUUCAGCCAGUCCAUAGAAAAGCAUUCUUAAUGCUUUCCUAUGGACGCUGGUGUCUUCUCACUGUGAAAAUCUAGAAAGGUAAACUAUUAACCCAGAGCUUGACAAAUAUGCUUGGAACCUAGGAGCCAGGUAAAAAAUGUUAGGAGCCAUGUCUUUUUUAACUAACGUUUCAUUUUCUGGUUCUGUUAUCUAUAACAUGUCCCUGCAGACCUUUCAAUUUAAACGCUGUCUUUUCAGAGAAAAGGCUGUGUUUACAUUGCUGUCUAGUAAUAGCUCCCAUAGGAAAGCAUUGCAAAGCUAUUGCGCAUGCGCUGCAUUGAACCACUUUAGUGGCUGUCUGAGUGACUGCCACUAGAGGUAUCACUAGGCAGCAAUGUAAACAAUGCCCUUUUUCUGAAAAGUCAGUGUUUACAUUGAAAAGCCUGCAGGGACAGGCUAUAGACACCAGAACCACUACAUUAAAGGACCACUAUAGUGCCCUGAGGGUGCCCCCACCCUCAGGGUCCCCGUCCCGCCCGGCUCUAGGGAGAGGAAAGGGGUUAAAACGUACCUUUCUCCAGCGUUGGGCGGGGAGCUCUCCUCCUCCGAUCCUCCUCCGUUCCUCCCAUUCGGCUGAAUGCGCACGCGCGGCAAGAGCUGCCUGCGCAUUCAGCCGGUCUCAUAGGAAAGCAUUUACAAUGCUUUCCUAUGGACGCUUGCGUGCUCUCACUGUGAUUUUCACAGUGAGAAUCACGCAAGCGCCUCUAGUGGCUGUCAAUGAGACAGCAUCUAGAGGAAUUGGAGGAAGGAUUAACCCAUUUGCAAACAUAGCAGUUUCUCUGAAACUGCUAUGUUUAUAAAAAAAAAAAAAUGAGUUAACCCUAGCUGGACGUGACACCCAGACCACUUCAUUAAGUUGAAGUGGUCUGGGUGCCUAGAGUGGUCCUUUAAUCUGUAGUGGUCUUGGUGACUAUAGUGUCCCUCUAAGAAUUGUAUUUUUGUCGUUGAAAAUGUAAAAAACAAAACAAAAAACUGGCUCCUAACUUUUUUAGCUGGCUCCUAGAUUCAAAGCAAAUGUGUCAAGCCCCCUGAUACAUAAUGAAUGUGUGCAUGGAAAGUGUAAACUAUGGUUGAACAGACUUAUAGCUCAAAUUCCAGGUUUUGUUUGUGUCAGGACUUGUACACUUACCUCUGUGCUUAGGGGGUGAAACCCCAGGGAUUUAAACUUAGAUGUAUUCUCAAAGCGUACAUUUGAGGCUGUCAGUGGCCUGCACACUAAUAAAUGUUAAUUUUAAUGUGGGCAGGAAGGGAGAUGUUGCAAGUAAAACAGAAAAUUGUGGUUAGUCUGUUUCAUUAAUUAAAAAAAAACUAAGUUUCUACCGGGGCCAUUGCUGAACAUAUUUUGCAGCUCUUGAAGCAAUCAAUAAUAAAGUCUAAAUAAAUCAAAUUUUUCAGCUAGCAAACCAGACAGGUUAUAUAUUGGUUUUCUGUUCCGAUGUUGUGUUAUGUAAUGGUACUUGUGAUUUACGGCCACGCUUUACAGGGAUGCGCUUCAUAAUGCUUUAUCUGCAGGGUGGUUUUAAUUCUAAAAAAUGUGUUUUUGUGUGUGUGAGGAUUGAAGGGUUGCUAUGAAUUUAAGUCCUAUAUUACAUUUAAAGAAUAAUUAUGGUUGGUAAAGGUCUGUGAUAUUAUACAGUGGACUAAUUGAUACAGUCGGAAAUGUUUAUCUUGCUUUGUAUGUACAAUAGCAGAUGUUGGUGGUUGUUGGUGUGGUUUGAGAGGGAUGGAUAGUAUUUGCUGCCUCUUGGGUUUAUCUCCACUGAGCUAACCGAACCCGGAAGUAACGGGACUGUUUGUUUGAGUGAAAGCCAGGGGGGUGUAACAAGGUUAAUUUACAAAAGUGUCAAUUUCUACUAAAAUAUGCACUUUUUGCAAGAUUAAAAGGACACACUCUUCACGCACAAUACUUUUCAGCAAGCUAACAUGCUUCAAGGGGUCUGGAGUGACCUGUUCAAGGCAUUUUUGGGGGGAUGUUAAAAUCAAUCAAUCUAAACUGGGAUACAGUUACAUGCUUUGACAGGAACCGUUUGGUCAAAUAAGUUGCUUUUCUUCAAUUAAACUUGUAGUUCACUAAUCAUUAUAGUCUGACCUUUAGUUUUAUCUAGAAGGCUGAUUCAUACAUCUUGAAUUAUAUUUACAUUUAUUUAAUUUGCUGUAAGCACCAUAACCAUUAUAGCUCAUUGUAUGGCAUUAUGAUGCUAUGAUUCCACUGUUUUGGUUUCUUUUUUUUUUUUUUUUUGUCAAAUGGUUGUUGAGCAAUUAAAAUAAAUGCAAAAGAUGUCCUCUCGGAUUACAAAGAAAAAAACUCUUUGCAGCCACUUGAAUAAGCCGGAAGGUUAAUUUGCCCAAAGCAAUGCAGCCGGGAAUCCGUAAGACUGCGAGAGCUGGGACAGGUUUAGCCACGUGUCCUUAGCCUGUCCCUCCUCUGGACAUUUAAUAUGGAAGUAAAUUUGAGUGGCUGUGAAAGUACUGGGAGAGUCAAAAUGUUUGUCAAACCCCUUCAAAGCUGUUUGACAGAAAAUGAUUCCGUGUUAUCUAAUGAUUCCAUACAUUCACAACCACAACAAUGAGCUGUUAUAGUGCAUUGACUGAGCCUCUAGUUUUGAUUUAAACUGUCCCUUGUAAUCACUUUAACUAUGAAUUGUGGGGAGAGCUGAUUAAAUCUUUUUUUUUGGAUGGUCUUUUGUCUUAAGCCUUUGAAUUUAUUGGUUAUUCCUAAGGAUUUAUGGAACAGGAUACAGCCUGAAAUGUAACUGAUGUCUUGACCAUUCUAAACUGCUCUGUAACCAUAGAAGGUUCCUCUUUGUUCUAGUUUUGGGGUAGCCAACUUUCAACACUCCAGAUGUCCCGUAAGGCUCUUACAACCAUGGCAAAGCAUCAGCAGAUAUGUAGUUCACAACAUCUGGAGUGCCAAAGGUUGCCUAUCUCUGUUCUAGUGUUACUAAGCAGAGACAUGGAAGGAUUCUUUUCUGGAAUCUUGAGUUCGGUGUGAGACUUUCUGUCCAUCCUUCCAAUGAAGGUUUUUCAGCCUCUGAUUGAAAUGCAUAAUGUUUAGAAUUGUCUUCUGAUUCUUUACACGAUUAUUUAGAAAUAAUCUAUGCUUAACCCCUUAAGGACCAAACUUCUGGAAUUAAAGGGAAUCAUGACAUGUCACCUUAUGGGGUUAACAACGUAUUUGGUGUAAAAUAAGUUCAAUAUUCAGACUAUCCCUGGCUUUGGUGCUGGUAUAAUUUAUUACCCAAGCAGUAUAAUACAUGUUACGGGCGAAACUUGAGUGCCUGUGUUUUAGCCUUGCUGUGUGUUGUAGUUUGUUUUUUAGGCAACUAAUAUAUAAUUGUAAAUGUGGAAAUAAAUUGACAGUAAGGGCUUACUGAAGCCGUCUCUGUAUUCAGUAGCUCAUUGGCCUAUUUAUAGUCCUCCAUAACCUGUUGUAAACCCAACACCCAUAAGCCACCAAUGGAGGACCUCCCUCUUGUCAUCCUGUAGUGACCUUCAGAGGUUGGUAUAUGUUUGAUCUUUUCUUGAGCGUCUUAUCUAAAAUACUAAGGUUGCUUCUUCAGCGAAAAGUAUUGGUGUUGUACAUUCACCCCAUCGAUUGCAGUGCCCCAUCUUUACUGCCUUUUACUGUCAAAGAACGGGUAACAGAGUGUAUGUAAUACUAUAGAAAGGCUCACCAAGGUUCAGGUAGGGCUGUGAAAUUAAAUGUUUGUUUCUCUGCAGAAUACCUCUUGAAUUAUUUACCAAUAAAUUAUGUAGCUGCUCUGCCUUAAAUCUGUGCUCCCCCCUUACACCCCUCUUCCUAUUUUUAUGGCUCAGGUUUUAUGUCUGAUGUAAAAGAUUUAUGCCUCCCCUCAGUAAUGAAACUUUCUACAUGCCAUAUGGCACUCACACACCUUAUUCAACUUGCCUCGAAUUACCCUCAUCCAUCCUUGUGUUAUGACACUUCUGAUAAGAUCUGACACUCAUUAAAGGAAAUGUCAAGCAGCAAGAUACUUUAUGACAUUUCACUUUGCUAGUCUGGCCCCUGGCUCUAAGCACAGUCAAUGCUUUUUAUUUUAUUAUUUUAACCCUUUGGAGCUCUUUCCCCGCAACAUUUUUUUAUUUCCCUAAUUUGGCCAAGAUAUAGAUGCGGUUCUAGAUAUCGCUCCCUGUCGGAGGAUGAAUGGGCUUAAUAACUGACUCUCCUUCUAACUGCUUGUUAUAUGUGUCACAGCACCCAAACUGCCUGUGUUUCGGGAGUGGUUAUGGUGUAAGGGGCUCCCUUGUCCCCCAUUUGUUCUGUUUAUUUUUGCAAUGAUAUACAACGUGAAUUGGCUGUUAUUACGAUUACCUGGGCAGGAUCUCUCUGUAACUAGGGAUGGUUAUUAAUUAAAAUAUAGCAAUUUCACAGUUUUUACCACUUCUUGUAGUAGAAAAAAAUAAAUCUGUAUAUAGUGUUAAAAUGAAAGAUUUAAUGUUUAUAGCUUUUAAGCAUUGUUUAGGUUUUUUUUUUGUGGUUUGGGCACUUUAGCUCAUCUCAUUCUGCUUCCACGUUCCCAGGUAAAGCAGUUUGUUUGCUUAAAGAGACUUUUUUAAAGAAAAACUUGACUGCAACACAUCACACCAAAAUGGUAUUGCGUGUAUGGAAAUGCCAUACUCAUAUUCUCUCUCCCUGACAGGAGGGACAGCGGUGUCAUUAAAGAAGAAAUCAAAGCGUUUCUUGCAAACCGGAGAAUAUCACAAGCUGUCGUUGCACAAGUAACAGGUAAGGAAGACCCCCGCCGCCUACCUCGGUGUUUAGACGGGAGCAUUUUAUCACAAUGGGAGUUGGUACAGAUGUUGCUGAAUUGCCUAGGGUUCUGCAUUGCGGUACCAACCUGCCUGCUCAAUCAUAGUAAUGUAUUCCUUGAUUUAAGACCCAUUGUCCUGAACAUUUCACUUUCAAUGAGUCAUUUUAAUUAAAGAUUUUUUUUUCCUUCUAAUUCCUCUUAUUUUAAUGUAAGUGGCUGAAAAAAAAACUCACCCUUGACAGUUGGGUCAUGUAAUUAACAGCACAGAGAUCCCAUAAAGUCAACUUGUACUCCUAAUGAGAUCUCUUUAAUUCUUUGCAAACUUUCAGGGUCAAUGUGGUGCCCGUAUCUUUACCUGGGUGUGGUAUUUUAAACCCAUAGAAACAUAGAAUGUGACAGCAGAUAAGGACCAUUCGUCCCAUCUAGUCUGCCCAAUUUUCUAAAUACUUUCAUUAGUCCCUGGCCUUAUCUUAUAGUUAGGAUAGCCUUAUGCCUAUCCCACACAUGCUUAAACUCCCUCACUGUGUUAACCUUUGUCAGUGUUGUAGACAUGUGCCAUCCUCUGUAGGUAAGAUUCUUACACUCUCUCUAUUCACCAGCUGGGUACUGCCUAUUAGAAGUUAUUUUAUGGUGUCUGCAGCCCCCGCUGAGUGUUGGUACUGCUUUUUAUGCCAAGUUAUAAUUAGAUUUGGUAAUGGAGAUCUAUACUAACACAAGGCGUAAUCGGUAAUCUACUUAAUCGGAGUCAUCUAUCAGUGGAUUUAUACAGCAAAUAACAGUAAUUGUAAUGUGUAAUCCUACAAUUUGUAACAUGUAGUCAUGGAGGAAUUUGGAAGAUCGUUGAAGAUGCUGUCAAAGUGUACAAAGUGUGGGAGAUGAUAGAGCAUGAGAUUGAGUCCUUAGGUGGUCAUUAAAUGGUAUAAAAUAAAUCAAAGAUUAGAUCAAAAAUAGUUCUUCUCACCAAAGAAAAUCUUGGAUGUAUGACUUGGCGUCCCAUAUUUUCUGUUUUUAUGAGUCUGGGAGCACACAGAACCGACUAGACUAGUAGGGCUUAUUCACUCCACCACCAAACUGUACCCAGAAACAAGACUAAUGUAAUUUGGUUGUCAGAUUUCAGCUUUUCAAGUUACUCAUAAAAUAAAAUUUUUUUUUUUUUUUUUUAAAUACUAAUUCAACUCAGUAACCUUUUGGCUGCAGUUUGAUUUUCAUUCCAGUUCUAAUUCGGCUAAAUCGCUGUUCAAAAACAGUCAAAUUACAGCUGAAUUCUUUACAUUUGAUCGGUUGAUCCUAUUCAAUUUCUUUUACAUUUCUAUGAAAGAUUUAGCUUAAGAGUCACAAUCCAAUGCCAGGUCAAACAUAGCAAAUUAAGAGGAGAAAUUAAUAUAUUGUUUAAUAUCUUUUUUCUGUGCUGAGUGCCAGGUGCAAAGUACACAAUUAUAACAAUGAUUGACAGGGCACCCAGUGGCAGGAUAAAGAGACCUGGAUGUCUACAUUUAAUUUUGUCAUACUUCACAUACAGGUUUUGUUAAAUAAAGGGGGUAAUUAAAUGUAAUAUUUAAAAUAUUUUUUGAAGUGUCCGUUUCCCUUUUACCAGGUUAAUUUUUUUACCUUGAGUUAAGUUAUCACAUGAAUCUCACUGCAUUAAUGAGACCCAUUUGAAAAGAGCAGGAAUCCAUUAAGCUCAAUUUGGCUUCCAUUCCAUUAUUAGGGAAUCACAGAGGCAUAGUAACCGAAUACAGGAGAACCAAGCCAAAUGAAACCAGUGUUUAGUGAAUAGACCCGCUAGCUGCUCCAGAAAUGGUGGGCCCACAAGCCCUGAUGAAAUUCAUCCACAGAGUGAUGCAGGCAGUGGAGGUGACCGGGAAGGGCGAGUCACGGCCCAUAGGGUCGGCCUUCCGGAUUAGGAAGGCAGCUACUGCCCCUGCAGACGCACCCAGGGAUAUAAGGGCAGUAAUCCGUGACGCAGCUGUAAAGGCAACUGUGAUGUCCCACUCCUGGAAGUUCCCCAGCUUUGUAGUGGACGGACACAAGGUCUCUGUAUUCAAAGACCUACCUUUCUCUGUACUGAUGGACAGGCGCAGGUUUAUGUCCGUAACCAGAAUACUGAGAGAACAAAGCGUCAGGUACAGAUGGGGAGCCCUGGAAACCCUGAUAGUACCAAGAGGGGACACUACAUGUGCUGUAGGCUGCAGAAGACCCAUCAUAGUUUUUAAAGGGCCUCCAGCUACCACCAAUACCUCCCAACAAAUAGAAGGGAAAAGUGGCCUCCACUGUCAACGCUCUUGGGGAGAUGCAGAUGCCCAGAAACAAGAAAGCAGAUGUUGCGUACUGUCAGCAGCAGCAGGACUUUCCCCCAUAGGACUUUCCACAUCCAACAGGAGCCCAUAGGCCAGCUUUAGUCCUUCCUCACUGGACAUAUAAAUCAUAAUUUUACUACAUUUGUUUUUUUAAGUGGGGAGAAGUGGCAUUUGCCGCACCCAAAAAAAUAAAAUAAAAUUAAUAAUAAUUAGUUUGGCAUGAUCUCCCUCAAGUAAACCCAUGUUGUCUCUGAUCCUGAAAUCCACGUGUUUUUAGAUGUUCAACAAUCCGAUCCUUUAACAUGGUUUCCAUCACUUUCCCCACUACUGAAGUAAGGCUUACUGGCCUAUAGUUGCCCAAUGCCUCUCUACUACCUUUCUUGUGAAUGGGCACAACAUUCGCUAACUUCCAAUCUUCUGGGACUACUCCUGUUAACAAUGAUUGGUUAAAUAAAUCUGUUAAUGGUUGUGCUAGUACACCACUAAGCUCUUUUAAUAACUUUGGGUGUAUUCCAUCAGUCUCCAUUGACGUAUUUGUGUUUACUUUUGACAGUUGAAAUAGAACCACUUCCUCUGUAAACUCACAUGUAACAAAUGACUAAUUUGUCCUUUUUCCUAACUGAGGCCCCUUUCCUUCAUUUUCAUCUGUAAAUACUGAACAAAAAUAUUCAUUGAGGCAGUCAGCUAGACCUUUAUCCUCUUCUACAUACCUUCCUUAUUUUGUUUUUAAUCUAACUAAUCCUUGUUUUACUUUCAUUUCCUCAUAUAACCUCAUAUAUGUAUCUAAAAAAUGUUUUGUCCCCCCCCUCCCUUUUUUUACUGACUGUGCUAUUUUCUCUUCUGUGUGUGAUUUCAAAGCUCUUAUAAGUUGCUUAGCCUCUUUCUGCCUAAUCUUAUAGAUCGAUCUUCCUCACUCUAUUUUUUUUAUAAUUACUAAAUGCUAACUUUUCGUUUUAUUGCUAUUUUGGCCACAUCUGCGGAGUACCACAGUGGUUUCCUUCAUUUUUUGCUUUUACUGACAAGCCUAAUGCAAUUUUCUGUUGCCUUCAGCAGCACAACUUUUAAAUAAUCCCAUUUCUCUUGGACUCCAUUUAGAAACAUCUCUUUUUCUAAAGUCUAAAACUUUUUUGUUUUUGUGUGGUGUGACUCAGUCACUGUUCUUAUAUUAAACCACAUUGACUGAUGAUCACUGGAUCCUAAACUUUCACCUACAGUAAUAUCUGAUACCAAAUCUCCAUUUGUUAACACUAAAUCUAGUAUGGCCUCUUUACGAGUUGGCUCCCCAACGACUUGUUUUAGAGACAAUCCCAGUAGGGAGUUUAGAAUAUGUAUGCUCCUGGCACCAGCAGCUAUAUUGGUUUUCCAGUUCACAUCAGUAAGAUUAGUCACCCAUGGUGAUAACUUCCCCCUUCAUUGUCAUUUUAGAUUUUUCCUCAACUAGUAGAUUAUCUAGGCUCUGUUGUAGCCAGUGUUUCAUUCACUUCCAUGAGCUCGUAACAAUAUAAAGAUUGGGAUUGCUACUUUUUUUUGUUAGUUCUCAUAUUGUUACAUUUGUAUCCUUUUGAAUCAGUGUGCUUAACUACCAACCAUAGCUAUUGAGCAUUUCUCUCAUGGUUGGUCUUUUUUCAUCAGGCUACAACGAUAUACUUGUCUAAGUACCUUUUAUAGUUAUUAAUAAAGUUCUUUUGUUAUUUACUAUUUUUUCUUUUAAGAUCUUUUUGGAGUGGACUGGAAAUUCAAUCUAGUGGACACUUUCUAUUUUUUACUAUACGAGUAGUGACUACCCCCAUUUUCAUCUUUUGGGGAUAAUGCUGGAGGACAUCUAUAAUUUUUGUCCUCUCAUUCUCAAAAGGCUCUGCUCUAUGUUCAUGCCACGGUAGGAAGUUUGGAGAGCUGAUAUAUAAAGGGAUAUAGAACAUGUGGAGGACCAUUAGGUCAAUAUUUUGAGAGCCCACUGGGUGUUCAUCACAUUUCAGACGGGUUAAGUGGUUUACGUUUCUCAAUCAUGCUUUAGCAGACCACCUGUCUGAAUUUUAACAGGUGAAGGGGGAGAUCUGUUUUUUUAAUCUUUUUAUUUCCAGGUGAGUAAUGGGACUCUCUUGAUUUCUUCCAGGUAUCAGUCAGAGCAGGAUCUCCCACUGGUUGCUUCAGCAAGGAUCGGACUUGAGUGAACAGAAGAAGAGAGCCUUUUACAGAUGGUACCAGCUGGAGAAGACUAACCCAGGUGAUUUUCAAGAACUCUUGUGUUGAUUUCAGCAGUUUAUAGAAAGCAAGGGCAAACUUAGCACCCUAAAGACUUCUUCCUGUGCAUUUAUCUCCUCACUGAUACCGUUUACAUUGUGCUGAGUCGGAUGUGACGCGGCCCUCUCCAACUAUUCAUUACUUUGAGGUUAUUCUCAAGGUUUUUAAUUUAAGCAACAUGGCUUAGAAUUGAUAUUUGUCACAUAUUCUUGGCCCAACUCACCCAAUAAUCUUGUUAAUAGAACAUGUCUGUGUUGCUGUGUUACUGGCCAAGCUCACAGGGCUUCCUAUACCAAAAAGUGAACUCAAGUGAAAUUAGCGGAAACUGAACAGUGAAACGGUAGGAUGAGCAUUUUUAUGCCACUCUAGUUCCAUGACAGAGGUUGCUAUAGGUUCAAAAAAGGUAGGUGUUGGCCAGAGAGACUUCAAAUAAUGUAAAAUCCCGGGGCAUCUCAGUUGAAUUCACUGUUGACAAUCUAGCAUAGAUAUUAGGACUGGGGAAAGAUUGCACGGUAGUGUAUUCAUUUUAGCCAGCAUGACGUGUUCGAUUUUCAUAGGCUUCAGAUGAUUUAAAAAUACUCUGCUGUCUGAAAUUGGAUGAUGGGAAUAAAAUUACUUUUCUUUCCUUUCAUAAACAACUUAAAUAAUUCUACAUAGAUUUUCAUUUGAAAAAUAGCAGCAGUUUUAAGCUUCUCACAACGAGGCACAUUUUAAGUAGUUAUUGGAUCGUUAUAAAUUUGUACCUUCUUUCUCAUUCUCUGCAGUUAUGCACAAUAUUCACAUAAUCCAACAUUUAGUAUGACCAAAAUAUUAAAAACCGAGUAGAUCCUAAUUUUCAUUUUUUGCAUCUAUAUUAAAAUGUUUAGGUUUUUUUUUCUAUUUUGGUUUGGUUUUUACAAACGUAUAAAAUUAAGUCCUGCGUUCAAACUCCCAUUACUCCUGGUCGGUAGCAGGGAAUAUAUUACACAUCAGUCCAAUACUUUUUCUAAACCCCUACAAACUUAUGAACCCUUAAUAGGGAACAUAUGGAGUAGGUGGCAGCCCUGUAACAUGGCUGUGUAAACAAACAGAAACAAAAAUGAAGCACUAUGCUGAAACUCCCCCUAUGGUAUCACAGAUAGCCCUACUUAUAUACAUCUUAAUCUGAACACUGAAACCCAUUGGUGUCUAAACGCAGGAUGUUUUUGUCCCUAUUCUACUUCUUUAUGUUCAAUGGUCUUAUUUUCCCCGACGAUUUUCAAUGUAAUGUUUUUGCUCUCCUUCACAACAGAGCGGAUUUUAAUUUGCUCCAUUCUUUUCGGAAACUCAAACUCCUGUUUCUGAUUUCAUCUCAAGCUGUACCUGGUGGGUUUAGUAAAUUACAUUUCCAACCAAUUAGGCAAUCUGAUGCAGUGCAGCACAUGUAAUAACAUUUCAAGCAGCUUAACUUAAGACGUAUCUUUUCUAUUACCUUAACAAGAGCCCAAACCUAUUUCUCUCUGUAUCAUCUUAAAGAAACCUCCAAAUAUCUGCUGGAUCUGAUCCUUAAUGUCUCCACUGUGUGAUUUGUGAAGGACUUAAAUAAGUGUGUGUUUACCAGUCUGUCCUCAACAAAUGAUGCAGGACCUGCAAAGCAGGCAAGUUUAGAGCAACUCUUGGGAUUCCCACUGUUAAAAUACAAAAUCAUUAGUAUACGUUUCUUAAUUUAAGAGGAUGCACAAGGUCAAGGUAAGGGUAUCUGAAGGAAUUCAGUGGGAGAUGUUUAUUGGAUUUAAACGUAUAUAACGUUUGGUUUUCUAAUUUAUUACAUUCUGUUAAAUUAAAUUUUCAGUGGACAUAGUUGCAACUUGUAAAUGUACCGUAUUUAUGUACUCCUUACUACCAUUCCUUGCUGCAUGGGGUCAUAAUUAAUACAUUUUAUGUAUAUGCAUUUACUGCCAAUCGUCAGGCUUGCGUUCUGAGCCCUUCCAAGACCAGGGAAUGUUUCAACCAAUCACAAUGCUUUCGUUAGUUUCAGUUGAGGUGAGCAAGUGUUUAUGGGAUAUGUUGUUUAGCAAUUGCCUAAGUUGACUAGGUGUUCUUGGAGGGGUGGCAGAAUUUAUGUAGCAUGUCUAUUUCUAUACUUUCUACCUAGUGCUAGCAGUGUCAUAGUUAUCAUAGCAAACACCGCGCAUGCUCUGUGGCGAGCAGAGAAAACGCCUAUGGGAGGUGUUUUCUGCUCGCCCUUGUCAGUCCCUUGUGUUUAAUAGAUUUUACUCCCAAUCUAUACAUAUCUGCUAACACAAUGUGUAGAUGGAAGUUUAUACUCUAACAAACAUUCAUGACAGACACCCUUUAUGUGUGGAUGAAAAGAAGUAGAAUAUUCAUUGUCAUGCUCUUGAUUUGUCACGAGAGCAGUAAAAUGUUGGUCUGUGUGCAAUAUAGUGAAUAACCCACCCAUUGCAUAUGAAACUUUCAAUAAGGGGAUUGUUUGGUGUCGGACAAUCCACUAGUGAUAAAUCUUCUUGUUACAGUUUCUAAGUAGAUAUUUGUGUCGAGUUAAGUGUUUUUUUCCAAAGCUUCCUGUAAAUAUUUUAUUUUUGCCAUUUUAUACUCCGUAUUGCAGGUGCAACCCUAAGCAUGAGGCCUGCCCCUACCCCAAUAGACGACACAGAAUGGAGACAAACGCCACCACCAGUUACUGCUACCUCUGGCACAUUCCGGUUACGACGGGGUAGCCGGUUUACUUGGAGAAAGGAAUGCUUGGCUGUGAUGGAAAGGUAUAGAACAAAUUGCUUCAUUCUUAUUAAGCUGCAGGAUAGAUAUCAGUAAUAUUUCUGUGCGGGAGUUACUUGCACAUCUAGAUUUCCUUAAAAUGAUCUCAUUUAUGCUAUAAGGGCAUAUAUUUCUUGGUCCCAACACUGAGACGUUCAUGUACAGUAAAGACAGCUCACUACCCCAACACUAAUCCUGAUCUGAAGUUAUCUUGUAAUGUAAUGUGUAUUAUGGGAAUAUAAUGCCUCCGGGGGUCUCAUGGUUUAUUAUGGUGUCUCCAAAACACAUUAGUGAAAUUUUCUCUCAUAAUACACUGUCCACCAUUAUACAUUCUCCAUCUGUCACUCUCUCAGAACGUUUAGAAACCACCCAAUCUUCUGUAUUGGUCUCCAGAGCCCCUCCAAGGCAUUAUGUUCCCAAAACACACAUUGUUUUAAUGCUUAAUCUUGCUCUAUCUCUCUGUCAGUCUCUUUAUGUGCAAUAUCAGAGUUUGGUCUCUGCUAUUUGUGCAUCUUUAGUUUCUUUUCAAGUACUGGCAACUUUGUCAUUUCCACCUUCCCCACAUCCCCAAGGAGUCCACCCAACAUGACUAAGCAGAGCUUCUCAAAUACAAUUGCUAAGCAGACCGAGGUUGCAGAUAUGUAUCUAGUCUUGCCAGUGUUUUGAUUUUUAUUGGUUUAGUGCACUCUGUCGUCUCUUAUCGAUUGUUACUGUUCCAAAAGUUGGUUUUGGGCAUUGUAUGUACCGUGGAAAAGUGCCAAGUGUCUGAUGUAAUAAUAAUAUACGUUGAUCUUAACCGUACUGGAUCCAAUUUAGUCCUGCAUUAAUUUCAAGAGAAUAAAAACCUUGGUAACUCCUUCCUGACUUACCUCAGAAUACAUUGUGGGAGUUUGAGGCAAUCUUUUAAAUUGAAACUUGGGCUGAAAUUGAGAGUACUGAAUCAGCUGUUUAGAACGUUCAUCUCCUAUUUUCAUAAAUGUAUCCUUUUAAUCCUGUCACACAGGCUGACAAAAAUCAACAUUAUGUGAUUGGAUGUUUUAGUCCCGGUAGCUUCUGUCUACUACAGAAAUAUUAAGCAUGUGAUUCUAAAUUGGCCCUGUUGGCAAAAUUAUAUAUCCUUAAAUCUAUUUAAAAAUAUAUUCCCAAUAGAGUAGUUACACUUUCAUUUAAUCCGUUUAGUAAUUAAAAUCUAAUAACCACUGCAGUACGUGACCCUUUUUACAUGCAGAGUUGGUCAUCUGGUAUUACUAGGCUGCAGAGAGCAUGUGAUGUCUGUAGCCAAUCAAAAUCAAACCAGUUGGUCCUUUCUGUGCAAGAAAGAGGGAACAUUUAAUGUUUCUGAUGUAGAUGUGUACCUAAAAUUCCUGUGGAAAUGCCAAGGUCACCUGGCGAUUUUUCAGAGGAAAAAAAACAACCAGCUGCUGAACAAAUGUAAAAAAUCUAAACGCAUAGUAGUUAUUAAAGGACUGUAUUAUGGCGUAAGACCCGUGUUAUCAAGGUGGACCCCAAUAGUUAUCAACCGUUUGUAACAGAAGUGCUUUCAAAUUGAGUGCAACCCAUCACCUUUUCCACUGUCGACAUGCAACAGCCAUGUUGUAUGUAACAUGCGUUGAGCGAAGAGGUACACACAUAGACGUGUUUGAAGAUAUCCUAGCCACCUCUUAGUACAAGGAAAAUAUAGAAUGAAAGAUACAUUUUCCAUAUGCAGAAGAUUAUGUUGACGUGUGGGUAUCUUUCCUGGCUAGUUACGGAUUCCUAGGGGUGAUAUCGGAUAGCCGUUUAUAUUCAGAAUUUUCUUGAAUGACUGUGAGUGAGCAGAGCCUGUUAACUUUCUGGCUCCGUUUGUAGGUAUGUAAGUGUAUAUAGAAUAUGUCUCCAGGACAGAAACAAGCUCAUUAACAUGUUCAACUUAAAAAAUUACUGAGAAAGAAUAAAAACUGUGAAUUGAAUACAGUCCGUUGACUAAUCGAUGCUCAAACUAAUCAGUUUCUAAAAUUAUUCCCAUGACGGUCUAAGAUCUCCAGAUAAUCGGUUUAUUAGUCAGAAGCACAUCGAGCAAUACGUUUAAUAAUUGAAAGGAAAGUGUUUUAUUACGGGGAAGUGACCAGGAAAUGCCGUGUUUGUCCCAUGUUUCUGGUGGUUGUGUAGAAAGCAGGAAUUCUGCUGUUAAACAUGAGUGGAAGAGAGAUUGUCUCCAGGUUUAAUUUAAUUGAUGUUUAAGGGGAAGGUUUUGUAUUCUGAGAAUCUGUUGACAAGAUCUAGUGUUCUGCUGCAGACCUACUAGAGAGAGACAGAAGUUGGAGGGGAAUUUGGCAGUCUCUGUUGGGGUCCAAUUGCUUUCUGUGAAGUGGGAAGUAGUGGUCCCAAGAAGGAUGUUGAUCUUGACACAUACCAUUAAAAAAAAUUGUGAUAAUAGAGAGAGGUACAUACAGAGCUUUGUUAAUGUAGAAUAUUCCCAUGUUUGGAAGGCCAGCCCUAUUGUUUGGUUGUUACUAGCAAAUGUGCUUUUUCAUCUUCAUAGAAAUGCUGCUAGUUCCGUCUCAUAACAUUUCUAGAUCAUUUCUGUUUCCGAAUCUGUGAGGGUGGAGACCCUUUGUGGUCAGACCAUAUGUGAGGAGGGCUGUCUUCCUUGAUUCAUAAUAUGGAAAUACAUGGAAUAACGGGAAUUUGUACUGGAUUAUACAUGUGUAAUAAAUAAAUAUUAAGCCAUUUUUCCCAUUUUGAACAGGGGGAAUUGAGCCUGUUUAAAGUCCAGCAAUCCUUGAUUGGACAGCUGCAGCUGAAAACCUUAUAUUUUUUUUUUUUUUAAUUUUUCUUGUGAUAUGCUAUGUAUAUCCACCUUUUGCCCCUAUUCCUCUUUUUAAUUUUCUCCAUUGCUCUUACUUCCAUUCUUAAAUAUCUCCAUCUUCGUUUCUUGUUAGCGCUGCUUAUUUUUUUUGUAAGAGUGGUACUUGCUCUUUGUCAUGUUGCUUGUUUAUAGUACCCUGUGUACCUGUAUAUCAUUUUGUAUUUGCCAGUAACUGUGCAAUGUAAAAUUAGUCCUUUUUUUUGCAUUGUACAAAUUCAAUAAAUAUGUCACAAAAGCGCCUUGAGCCCAGCCCUUUAACGCAUGUAAGAGCAUGUAUAGUGACUAUAUAAGAUAGCCUGCAGAUAAUGAUUUGUCUUUCAGCUAUUUUAAUGAAAACCAGUAUCCCGAUGAGGCCAAAAGAGAAGAGAUUGCAAAUGCUUGCAAUGCUGUAAUCCAGAAACCAGGUAUGUGCAAUGCUUCACUUCUAGGGUUAUAUGGCAAUAGUGUGCUUAUUUCUAAACUCAAAAGUUCCAAACUUACCAAGGAAAUUCAGAGAAAAUCAAUUGGUAGAAAUCACUUUCAACCUGGAUCCCCUUUAAAGUGAGACACUUCACAAAAAGAAAAUGUGGCUUACAAAGUGGGCCAAUAGUACCAAAUCUCUGGGGACAGUCCUGGUUUUGGUUCACAAUAUAUUGGUGGAAGGACAUGUUUAAAUGCAGUGAGAGCUGCACUAGAAAAUCCCUCUGGUUUUUGUCUAUAUGCAAGCACUAAAGCAACACUCUUGCUCAUGGGCACCCCUAAACCGCUGUGAAGGAGAGGGAUAGGGUUUGUGGGAAUUUUUCUGGAAUAUGAGCACACAUAUCAAUACCUUGACAGGCACAGAGCAAGCAUCAUCACGAAUGGACAGGCUUACAGCUGUAUCGUUUUUCCAAGUCACUGCAGUUAUAAACAGUUGUGAGCUGGAGAAUGGACUUAAACAAGACAAUCAAGUUCUUCCAUAUUUGCUUGUCUUUAUUCCACAAACAGUCAGUGAAUGAGGAAAUGCAAAUCAUAUGGGAUUUAUGGCAGAGUCUUUUGAAACACCUUGGCACACCUGCUCCCUGCCAAGCCUCACAAAGAACAUUGACAGGACUCAGCUGUUACAAGAUUACCGUUCUAUAAAAAAUGGAAUCAAGUAAAACAAAAUGGAUUCUAAUAACCAGUAUCGAAAGUUGGUGACAUGAGCUACGUGCACUGGAGCCAUUGCAAUCAGCAUAAGUUAUGGUUAUUCCCAGAGAAAUCUCAUACUGCUUCCUCCAAUCUGCAGUCAUUCGUUAUAAUUCAGGGUCUUUGUUUUUUACUUUUAAACCAACGAAAUGAAAACCUCAUGAAAUUAUCAUUUUGACCCUUUUAGAGAAUUAUGAGAAAUUAGUGGGAAAACUAAUAACAAAUAAAUAAAAAUGAGCACAGUUCCCAAAAGUAAUUUGUUUUGUUAUAUUUAACUUUAUCCAUUGGCCUAACUGAUGAUCUAGACUUUUUCAUUCUCCCCUUAAAAUGUCAUCCAUCUAUACUGCUAGGAUCCAGUUAUUCUUCAUUUCGGGAGUAGGACCAACAUGUCGUUUAUUGCUGGCAGCUGCAGAAUAUCAGUAGUCACAAACAGCCGAGACACGUGUUCUCCGGUGCAGACUAGAGAUUAGAAGCCUUACAAUUCCUGUUACCAUUUCUGAUACACAGUGUGACAUCACCCACCGUGUAAUAUCUCACUUGCAAACAGGAUCUCCCAUUCAGUUAGUAUUACAAAUAUCUGGAAAUGGCAAAGCAGAGACAAAAUGCCAGGCAGAUGGCAGUUCAGUCGUUUGACCCUGUUGCAAUGUUCUAUGAAUUAGCUGUGCCACCCUCUGCCGCUCGAAGAUGUUUUGUUUGUCAUCCUUACAUAUUAUUCAGUGAAGACCUUGAGAUGUUAUGUAAAAAUCACAGCGAUCUGCAUAAUUUAUGUCUGAACAAUAAUUCAUUCCCUAUUAAAGUCCUUGGUAGAAAGCCAACCUGCUUUAAACCCGCAGAAUGCCAAAUUGGCUUUGACAUCAUUUGGGACGGGUAAUGUACGAGCAAAUAGAAGCUUCACACAAAAACUGCUUUGGUGGGGGGUUUUUUUGGUUUUUUUUUUUUUUUUUACCCUGAAGGUUAUUAAGCAGCCUGUGUCACAUUUAGAGACAAUAGAAUAAAAUAAAUCUUCCAAAAAUAAAUAAUAAUCUUGUUCACUCAAAUAUCGAUUGUUUUGUCUUUUGUAAAAUUCUUUAAAGCAAAACUUUCAUUAAAAAAACAAAAAACUUUGUUCUGUUGUAGCCUAUAAUAAUAAUAAUAGGGGUAGAUACAACAGCUCCCACUGGAGGGAGCUCCAGAGGGACUGCAAUUGAGCAAAACCCACAGUUUAUGUAACACUAAAGGACAACUGUAGCUUCAGCGUUGUAGAGUAGCAUCGUAUAUUGCAACAUAAUUUAUAUUUUCAUGAUCGUUCCCUUAAAGGUUUUUCUUGUCUUAACGCAAAAUCCUCAUUUUACCAGUUUGACAGCAUUAGCUACAACUAUAUUUAAUAAGCUCCUUUAAACAAAAAUACCAAAACCUCUUCCUGCGUUCAUUUAAGGUCAUGAAAACAAAGUCUUAAUGCAUUUAGGGGUUGAGUUAUUUUGAAACUCUAUUGCCUACCAUUCCACCAUUGCAGAUAAUCGUGGUCAAUGCGCCUGGAAUGGGUUGAGAUCUCUCUAGCCAAUGAGACAAGGAGGCUUCCCAUAUAGCAAGGACAUUUUCUUUACCGCUAUUAUUUUUAAUGUUUUUCUUGUGCUUUUCCAUAGGAAAGAAGUUGUCUGAUCUGGAGAGGGUCACAUCCUUGAAAGUAUAUAACUGGUUUGCCAAUAGAAGGAAGGAGAUCAAGAGAAGAGCCAACAUUGGUAAUGUACCAGGACACAUCACUCAGAGAGCCAAUGCCGGAUCGUAUAAGUUAGACUGGAAAACAUCAUUUUAUUUUUAUUCUCCACGGUCUUAGGUUUAAUCUUUAAACCUUCCUAUUCCGGCUCUUGGGGUAUUGUUGAUUCUGCCUCUUUCUAUUGUCUGUAAGCAUUCCCCCCUUUCUUCCGUUGGUCAUUUCAUAUCCACCACCUAUUCCCCUCCAGUUUCCUGUUUGUAUAUGUCACUGUCUCUCAUCCUAGACUAUCUAUUCCUUUUGUUCCUUGUAUGAAUUUGCCUCUCUUUUCGUGCCAUUCUGUAAACUCUGACUUUUAUUUUAUUUUUUUACAUUUGCUUGCUUUCCCUCCCCCCUGCCCUACUCAUAUUUCUUACCUUAAAGAGACACUCUCAGCACCAAAACAACUUAAGCUUGAUGAAGCAAUUUUAUUGUAUAGAUAAUCCCCUAGCAGUCUCCCUUUCUGCCAUUUUUUAAUAUCCACCAUUUAGGAGUUAAUUCACUUUUCUGUUUAUGCAGCCCUGUCGCACUGGCGUUGUCUGAGUCACAUGGAGCCUCCCCCCACUCUUACUGGAAAAGACUGAAUUCUUUAGCUUCCUUUAUUGCACAGUGUGUUUAAUUCCUAAUCUCCUGCUUUAACUGCCUACUCGAGCCUGAAGCAGCCUCCUGUGUGUGAGUAAAAUUCCAUUAACAGAACAGGAGACAAUACCUUCUAAAGUAAACACAUUGUGCUGCAAGAUCUGUCUGAAUAUUAAAUCUUUUUUUCAUGCAGCCUGUGUGAGUCACAGCCAGAGUAGGUAUGGCUAAUGCCGCACAAACACAAGUGGUUUAACUCCUAAACUGCAGAAAACUGAGCACUGAGACGUAAGGGUCAUGAUGUAUAUGCUCAAACUGCUUCAAUAAACUAAAGUUGUUUUGGUGUUUUGUGUCCAUUUAAAGCAGAACUUUCUGUUCUCUAGAAGUGGCAGUUCCUCAUUGCCAUGUUUCAGUAAACACUACUGAUGAUUUUAUUGUGUGAACAGUGCUGUGAGUGUAAAUAAAACUAAAUUUCAAUGUUCAUCCCAUGAUACGCUUUGCCAAACUUUAUGUAAUUGGCAAACCAUGAUAUGGCUGUGUCCCAGAUAUCCAGGCCAUGACUUGUAACCACAAAAGGAAACACGAAAUACAGACCCAACCCACAGAUACGGUUUGUCAUCUACAUGCAAGAUGUGAUCUUACUGUGUCACACCUGUUACUAUUCAGCUCAGUUGGAUUAAAUGAUUAUUUAGUGGGUUAUUAGAAGUUAUUUUAUGUUUUGCCGAAUUCUGAAAAUUGGCUGAAUAUUAUAUAUUUAACUAUUGAGUUGUUUGGCUGGAUUUUCUAGUGUGACCCUUUAAAGGUGACUGCCCAUUUUUAAUCUAAUGACGGUCAAUCGGCCCCUCUUUCCGUAACAAGAGGUCCUGCACUAUAAAGGCAUAGGUCAAAUUUUAAGUCUGUAGAGGGAAUUGGCAGAAAUACAUGAAUCAAUUCCGGCAAUAGAUCCUCAAACCUGGGCCUUGACCAUCACUUCUUGCAAGGCUGUGCUCGUGUCUCUACAUUUAGCAGUAUUGUUUGUACCACCACCGCAGAUAAUUUAGGGCCAUGUUUGCUUUUUUCGAAGAAGCAGCAAUCCUGGAGAGUCAUGGCAUCGAUGUACAAAGUCCUGGAGGUCAUUCAAACAGCGACGAUGUUGAUGGCAACGAUUACUCUGAACAGGUGAGCAUCUCGGCUUUGGUUUUAUCUUAAUUCUUGUUCCAGAUGACUCUUAAUAGGGAUAAAAUGCAAAAUGUCAAUGAUGUCAAAAUGUUGUUAAUGGUAAGAAGAAAUACAACAAUACAGUUUGCAUUCCUGUAUCGCACCAUUUCCAAAUUCGAUCAGAAAGUCAGUUUGUAAGAAGGAAGCAAUAAAUAUAAUAACUACAUAGUGAUAUAAAACGAUUUACAGAAUUCUAUGAAAGGAAUACUUAUUAUACCUAUUAUAAUAUGCCUUCUCGUCUGGCUUACUCACAUACCAAUGUUCUUCCCUUUGGGUUCAGAGGUGCCUGACGAGACUUUCUCCCUUUUCUGAGCAGAAUCUGUAGAACAAAAUGAAAGGGUUGACAUGCUAGAUUCACUGCUAAAGAUCCAGUUCCAUAUUGGCACCCAAACACAAAGCAUCUAAUUGGCAUCCAGAGAACCAUGGGAAGUGAUAGAGCCACAUUUUAGGCAAUAAUCUGUGAUUCUUCACAGUACAAGAACAGGUCAUAUUCUACUCAAUUAAUGAGUUUUUAAACAUCUCUAACUAGAGUGACAUUCUAAUUAGAUUUAUUUUGUACACAUCCAGAAGUUCCUGAAUAGUGUCCUGGUCAUUUUCAUAUAUUGUUAAUUAACUAGUUAUCUGUUUAUUUUUUACUUCUACAUGCUUAGGAUGACAGUACUAGCCAUAGUGAUCAUCAAGAUCCGAUCUCCUUGGCAGUGGAAAUGGCAGCUGUGAACCACACCAUCCUAGCCCUAGCACGGCAAGGUACCAACGAGAUCAAGACAGAGGCCAUCGACGAUGACUGAAAAUGGGAAGGGUCAAUCCGAAAACUAACUUAGAUUUAGUCGUAGCACCUUAGCAAUCUUUCCUCAGCCCUUAAUAUGUGUCCCUCUUUACAAUAUAACUGCCGUCUCAUGUACGUCGAGUUAGCUGGUAGGGUCUCGUUCUGUGAAGAUGGCUUGAUGCGAUUACCCUUCGCAUAUGCUCUCUCAGUAUUAGUUCCAACAAUAAUCUCCCCUCUCCUUCAUCUUCACUGGUCCGUCUUGUCAUUCAAUUUAAAAAAAGUGCUUCCAGCCCGUCUGUGACAUUUUAACUUCCGUAACGUCUUUUUCAGUUAUAGACAUUAUCAAAUAUAAGGGACCAUUUAAGCUAUAUAUUAAUGAUGGCAAAGACCAGUGCAAACCAUAUGUAAAUACAGCUCCCAACGUCCUCCUGACAAAUCCCCAGCUAAAGUUAUACAUUAUGUUGGAGGUCAGACUCCUUCUAGUCCCUUCCCAUAAUCCCUUGAUCAAGAACAAGGGGUUUCUACUGGCUGAUUUUUAUUUUUCCCCUCUAUUUUUGAGAAACCGAUGAUCUGGGGAAACAAUAGUACUGCUUCUGCUAAACUUGGUUUUUAAGUUUGGGUUUCCGUAUUCCAGAACCUGGGAAAACUAUUAAAAACAUUUCUCUCACAAUACUUCACUAUGUACCCAUGUAAACUCUACAGUCCAAGGAUCUUGUAUGGUCAUCCAUCGGCAUUGUAUAAUGUCUAUCUACAAUCUUCCAAUGCUGACCACGUUUAUGCUUCACCACAUCUUCUUGCAAGUUUCCAUUGCAAUGUAACCAGGUACUGUGGGCUAAAUACCCAUUUACAUGCAAACUCACCAUAAUAUAACGCUUUUUAGUACUAAUAUUAGGAUGAAACGCUAUAACUGGCUCCUGUUAUUCUCUCCGGAUUUUGUAGAUUUCUAGCUCCAUGAUUCUCUGUUAGUGUGGCAGUCAUCAUAAAAGUGUGUUGGGACGGUCAAAUCUCAACACAUUCAAUGUGUAUUUCAAAAGUGAUGAAAUCAAGACACCCUGAGCAUUAUUUGAGAUAUGUAUUAACCAACUAGAGAGCCAUGUGUCCACCUUUGGCAACCGUAAUUGAGAAGGCUUCCUGGGUGCCAUCUUUAAUAAUGGUCAUGGUGCUUCGAUAUCUGUACCAUGGUGGCACAAGACUUUUUUGUCUUGAUGCGUAUUAAAGAGAAAAAACAAACACAAUGUCCCCCCUACACAUUGGAAUAGUGGGAAUGAUGUCUAUUAAGUUAUUUAAAAAAAAAAAUAAAUACAUUCCUCCUUCAGCCAUUUUAACUACAUACUGUUCUGCAGACAUGUCCCAUUGAGGACCUGCUGUAUUAUGUGGUUGAGAAUCAAAGAACAUCAGGGAUGGUGAACAGAUGGACCCGAGUUAUAGAAGAGCUAGACUCCCAUGAUGCUUUGCCAGUCUUCAGGGUUGGCGUGCAUCAUGGGAGCUGUGAUCUACAACAAUUAGGGCUGUCCGUUUUUGGCCAUCUCUUAAAUAUAAUAUUACACUCACAUAUUAGCGCUGUAUUUGAUAUCAAAAUGUUUUUCUUUUGUAUGUUUUAUUAUUUAUCAUUUUGUGUGGUAUCCUUGUUGUAAGAUCACAAAGUAAUGGCAAAUCAGCUUUUCUAAAAAGCAGAACGUUAGAGGGAGUAGUCUAUUAGAGAGACACUGUAAGUACUCCAGGACCAUUUUAUCUCAUUAAAUUGGUUACAGGGCCUGAAGUUCUCUAGCACUGUCCCUCCAUUCAGUUUUAAACAAUUUUCAAGCAUUUUAACACUAAAUAAGGGUCUUUGGCCACCCACAGCCUGCCCCAGAGAUUACACUCUGCCAUGGACUCUUGAAUGGAAAGACAGUGCCAGGGAACAUCAGACACUAUGAUUUCAGUGAGAUGAAGCCGUGUCCUAUUACCGUGUCCCUUUAAUUGUGAUGACUCUGUGAAAGGGAAAUGGAUGUUUUUGAAUCCGCAGAGAUGAAAUGCUUCAUAUUUAGUGUAACAAAAUUGUCUGUUUGACCUGCUUCUAAGCAGUAUCCCAUUUGCAACAUGUUUCUGUGCAAACCCAUUUAAUUGUCUGUUAGUCUGUAUAUUGUUGUAGUUCAAUGUAAGUGUCUCUAUGUAAAAUAUCUAUAUUUUAUAUUUACUGAUAAAAGUGGCUUUUUUAUUUUUAAAUUCAAAGAUUAAGAGGCAGUAUAACUUUUGAUUGGGGGCUGAUGUGGGAAUACCAUAAGAAAGUGAUGUGAAUAAUAUGUAUUCGGCAUGAGGACAUUGGAGGGAAGGCGUCCUAGAACAGAACUUGGAGAAAAUGAAGGCAUUUCCAAACUCAGCCUGUGUUAGCAGGUGGCAUGUACCGUGGAAGGGAGAGUGCACCAUGAAAAGCGAAUAUGCUCAUCUUCUGUCUGGUAGAAUGUGGCAAGAAGCCUUAACAUUUUAUGAUUAUUUUCCAGGGACUGUUACAAAUAUCUUAUUUUCGCUGGUGCCAGGUUUGAAUAGAGAUAAUGAGCUAAUUUCCUUGCUAUGUUUUCAAUAAGGUAGUACAAGGAUUGCAAUCCGUGUUGGUCCAUAGACUGGGGUUGUUCGUAGCAUUAAGCCACUGCUGCUUUAACGUUCGUUAAGCCAUAUAUUCCAUGCAAUGAAAGAAAGAACUGCCAACCGUGAAAGUAAAACAUAGCUAUUUUUUUUUUCUUUAAAGCUUUACUUUAAAUUGCAUUAGUUAGUUGAUGCUUCCAACAACACAAUUUUUUUAUUUUUUUUUACCUGCAACUUUGUGUUGUUCCUCAACCACCUUCUAAAAUCCACUACUCCAUGAGGGUUUAUUCACUAUAUGGCAAAUUGUAGUGACUUGAAAAUCAAAUGGUAAAAUUUAAGCAUUUAACAACUCCACUGAAAACAUUCAACAACUCCUCUAGUCACAGCUAAAAAUCUGUUUUAAUCAGAUUUUUAGGCUUGUGCAAAAAGUUGUUUGUACCACUUCAUCUGAAUCAACAGAGUUUUACCUCCUAUGCGGAUGAAUCAGUUUGUCUGAGAUUUACCUGUGGAGUCUGAUUUAUUGAAUUUAUCGAAAAAAAAGGCUUCACAGGUAACGAUUCGUCAGUGUAUGGGAUAAAACUCGUUUCAUUUGAAAUUUCCCAGAACAUAAAUUAGAGAUGUUUCCUGCUCUGGUGCGUUUGUCUAUGUUCGGGGAAGUUUCCCACAACAUAGACGAACGCACCAGAGCAGGGUAUCCCUCAACUCCCCACUUACCGACCAAUUUGUUCUACGACCGGGUCGUAGAAACAGAACCCAGUCAGUAAGUGAGGAGUGUCUGUAAUUUAUAAAUUCCUGGAUUUUUGUUAAAUGGCAUUUUUAAAUCUACUUAAAAGUGCAGUAAGUAAAACAUGGGUAAAGUAUUUAACAAAGCAAGAAAAAAAUGAUUAAAUGAUGAACUCCAUGAAUUGUUACCAGCUCAGCUUAUUCUUAUCGUAGUUCUCAUGGUGAAGCAGAAUAUGGGUCUCCCCUGCACACAAAAGCCCACCCCAAUUGUCACACACUUGAUAAUAAGCUAUUACUUCUUCGCCCAGCAAAGCUUUGACUAUGCCGAACUACUAAUUAUCUAAUUCCUAGCACCAAGUUAAGACAUGCUUUCUGUCAUUAGUGUGCAUCGUAUGGCUGGCAAAAUAUAUGACACCAGGUGAUGGGUAAUAUGCACAAAGCAUUAUAGUUUGUGGUUGCACUUUGUUUCUUCAUUUUAGUUUGGAUGUCUAAUGUCGUCCCUUACAUUUUGGUGUAAUGUAUUUCCUUGAAUUUCAAUUACUGUCCUAGAAUUCUGGGGAAUGUAGUCCAUAAAUAGAAGAGUAUUGGCAGUCUCUAAGACGGGGCUUAUUCAACAUCAGAAUAUGUUUAUGCUCUAGAGCAGGGAUUAGGCAAUUUUUGGCACUCCAUAUGCUGUGGACUACAUCUCCCAUAAUGCACUUACAGCCAUAACUUUAGAGGCGAUGAAGACCACAAUAUCUCGAUUGCUGAAUGUUGCCUACUCCUGCUCUUGAAGAGACGUACUGGAUACUGCACUCCCCAAAUAACCCAGUUGCUCUGAAGCCAGGGCUGGCCAGUGCCUCUUAACGGUCAGGUAUUCCGGUAUAACAAAAGUAGCAGCUUUAUCAGGGCAAAAGCAGCAACGUUUCCACCCUACUGGGUCUCUAUCAAGCUUAAUAAAGGCCCGGUAGGGUGGAAACGUUGCUGCUUUUGCCCCAAUAAAGCUGCUACUUUUGUUAUCCCGGAAUGCCUGAACCGUUCUUUAUUCUACUCCUGCUCUAGAGUCUAGAAGAGCACUUGGGUAAGAGUAUCAAUUAACAAUUUUCCAAAUAUUUGCGAUUACCCCCCAGUGAAUUAAUGCUGAUGUUCUCGAUCCAGGGAUUAAUAAGGAUGGAUGGGUGGGGAGGCAGUGGGAUUAAAUAGUCCAUCCGUUUGGGGUAGCUAGCAAUGUGUGUUACCUUGAUCUAGGCAAAUGUUAGAGGAGCUGGGGCCCAUUUUAGUGAACAGAUCGGCAAGCAAAUUCACCUUUACUAAACAUUCACUAAGUGUGAAUACUUAGAAAUUGCUAAUUAUCGGUCGGAAUAGCCAAAUUGGAAAAACCGUAGCCUAAUAUUUGGAAUUCACUGAAUUUGUGACUGUUCACAUUUUAGUAAAAUUUUAACAUGGUAAUGUUUCACAAGUAAUGAGAGGUCGUAACAAAUAUUUAGGAAUGUGCCACUAAAUACGGUCUUGAUGCAUUUGUUUGUCUGUGGUGUCUAUAGGUAAGUGCUACUAACAUGAUAUUUUAUUAUCAAUCCAUUAUUCAGAAUUAAACCUCUGUGAUUCAAUGAAAGAUUAAAUAGCCAUAUCUUCAAUUUGGACCAGGCUGCUAGUUUGUUAAACUGUGUUUGUGUUUUGUGCAGACCAUAAAGCUAGAUCAGCGGAUGAGACGUGAUCUGUUUGGCCUUGUUUAUUUUUCCAUUUGGCAGCUUGAAAUGAUCUGUGUACUGAGCCACGGCUGGUGAUAGUAAGGAAGGCAAUCUCGACUUGCUACAGUGUUAAUGAUACGAAGUGACUGAUCACGCGUCAGUCGGCAAUGUGCCAAUAUCUGGAAAUGUUAGCGUUAUUUAUAUUAUUGUGAAAGCACCACAAUACCGAUAUUCAGUGUAAUAUGCUCGCCUCCUGCAUUCCCUUCUAUUUGUGUUAAGUAGAUCAUUUCCAACCUCGGCAAACUUCUUGGCUUGCCUAAAUGGACACUCUUAAGAUGAAUGUAGUGGUUUUGGUCCCCUGACAUGUCUACUCAUUGCUGUUUGUGAGCAAUGUUUCUAUUUUCCAGUCAGAAUACCUCUAGUGGUUGUUAGUUGGACGAUCAGUCAGACAGCUCCUAGAGGCACUUCCUAGUGAAGACCUUAGAAAAUGUACAGUCCUUACGUUUAACAUCAUGACAAACGCAGUUAAAUCUCCCCAUAGGGAAUAUUGUAAUGCUUAUCUGUGAGGAGAAUCGAAAUGAUGCGCAGUAGGGCCAUCAAUUAUUAUAUUAUUUAUAUAGCGCCAUAUCAAUGCUUCUCUAUAAAGAAGUAUUUAAUUUGCCACGGUUAUCAAUCUAAAUUACCUGUCAAGGAGGCAAAGUGGCGGCAACAGCGACACCAUGAAAACGCUGGAUGGGAAGCCAGUUGCUUUAAGUUUUUUAAUUUCUACCCGUAGCCCAUUAGUCUAAAUAGCACCAGGGACAGUUUAUACAUUUAUUUUGGUAUUUAUGAGGUUAUUGUGUUCCUGUAAUUAUUUCCUUGCUAAUUUAUUACACCCCUUUGCUUGAUGGUGGUAUAUCUUGUUAGUAUUUGGAGCAGGAGGGACAACAAGAGUUGUGAGAUUUUGACAGGUAAGGUUAGUAUUUUUAGAAAGAAGGUAUUAAAGUUCUGUCUGGAAGAUGUUAAAGGAUCACUAUAGUGUCAGUAAAACAAAGCGGUUUUUCUGACACUAUAGUGCCCCCACAGUAAGGGUCCCCCUCCUAUGGCGCUGAAGGGGUUAAAACCCCUUCAACCACUUACCUUAAUCCCCUCUCCUCCCCGUCCGACAUCACAAGAGCCCGAAUGCGCAAGUGCCGCGCGCAUUCAAAGUGUCCAUAGGAAAGCAUUUCUCAAUUCGCCUCCAGCGUCACAGAUGCGCCUCUAGUGGCUGCCCGGAAGACAGCCACUAGAGGCUGCAUUAACCCCAAAUGUUAACAUAGCAGUUUCUCUGUAACUGUUGUGUUUAGAUGUGAAGGGUUAAAACCUGAGGGACAUUUCACACAGACCACUUCAUUGAGCUGAAGUGGUCUGGGUGACUAUAGUGUCCCUUUAAAUAAUCCCAAAGAAAUAAUACAUUUAAUUACUGCCUACCAGUCGGGCUAAUUGAAAUGCAUUGUGUCUGGAUUAAUAAAUGGGAUUCUUUAGCAGGCCCCAGGACUGGCUGCAGUGUGUGCAGAGAUUGGGACUAUAACCUUUCUGAAGUUUGCACCCUGAUUUUGUGUCCCGGCACAGCAAGGGUUAAUUAGUUAUGUACAGCAGAAUCUGUACAGUGUUAAUCAUACGCCGACCUGCUGGCUCCUACUUUCAUCUUUGGUGCUUGAUCGAUACUGGAAGAAGCCAUGUUUUAUAUAGAAACUAUGGUGCUCGCAAAAACACAUAGUCAUUAUUAUUUUUUUCUUUUUCUUUAAAAACAUGAGCUAACCGAUACAAAAAAGUUUCUAUGGAGUUGUAAUCUUGCAGCGUAACAUGCGGUUAUGAAAUAAAUUCAGUGCCCGUCUUUUCGUUCAUAUCUACCAUUGAUGUGUUUUAUUUUUACCUAAUGCAAACUUGAGGAAAAAAUCUAAGGAGUGAAGUGGUGUUCAUUGCAUACAUUUUGUUCAUUGCAUACAUUUGACAUUUUUGUUCAUUGCAUACAUUUGACAUUUGUUUAAGAAACCAAAUUCCAACAAUUCAUUAUAAAUGCAGGAAGCUGCAAUAAGUAUAUUGACUUUGCUUUGCCCCCUAACACUUUGCAGCGGGUACCACUGUUGGAGCAUAAUACGCUGAUCACGUAUAUCUACCCCGAGCCCUACAGGAUGCAUUUAUUUAAAUUUUUUUGCCUUACAAUACACUCUGAUACUUAAAAUAAAUAAAAUGACAAAUGUAUAACCUUUUCCCAUAAUGCUUUUCUUUCUGCAGGCAGACCGUAACUUUUUUCGGGUGACCUGAAUAGGAUGAGUUGUUGUGUCUUAAUAAACCCGUGCCAUUUUAAUCAUAGCCACAGCUCUAAUAAUACAGAAAUGAGCAGCUGUUUAGUAUUUCAGAUUUGCUAUCGAGCCCACACAGGAAAGAAAGUGCUAUUUUUCUUUAUUUUGUAAGUAAGGUGUGUCCUGAUGGGAUGUCCUGUCUGCAGGCAGCUUGAUUAGUGAUAUCGCUUUAUAAAAAUUUAUAUACAAGCUUUAUUGAGAAAGUGACAAUCAAGUCUUACUUCUACUACUAGUCCGGCUGUAGAAGUCCCUCUAAUGGCGGUCAGGAACAGGAAGGGAUUUAACCCUUCAAUGUAAACAUUGUUGUUUCUGUAAGAAAGAAAAGGCUGAGAUGUUGUACAUUACGGGGUUAAAGGACUGGGUGACUGUAGUGUCCCUUUAAGGCCAAAGUACUCGAACUAGAAGCAUAGCUGACUUAGAGAAUGCUUCUAAUUUGGCUAUUUUUACCUUGAAUUUGAAAUUCACUUUGAAGUCUCACGUUGGGGUAUAUAACCAUGUUGAUAUUUCACUCAAAGAAACAUUGCCAUUCUUAUUUCAGCUUGAUCGGCAUUUAGGCUUCACUUAGCAAAUCCUUAAUUACCUUUCUACAUUGAAUUUCAACACCAAUAUAUUGACGAUGUACUUUUUGUGUCUUGUGACUAGAGCAAGAAAUAGAGGGAGACGUUUAUUUUUUCAUUGUAGUGAAAAACUACAACUUGCCCAAAAAUUCCAGGCAAAUAGGUCUUUGGGGGGGGAAAUCUCAUCCUCUCCGUGUAGCCUCCAGGAGAGAUUAUCGUUUCUGCUCGGGAGCUUCCCUUAGCUCUCCUGUGUACCACCAGACUAUGCUCAGAGCGGAUAGAUUUCACCUGCAGUGGAGGGUGGGAGCAGCGAUCAGCGGAUUCUAAAAUCAUUUAACUUAUAUUUUGGGAUGGUGCUACAGCACUCCAGGUACCAUAACCACUGUAGUGUGUUGUUGUGGUUAUGGUGCUUGGAGUGUUCCUUUUAUCUCUAAAGAUUAUUAGCAAGAUGUGUGGUCUCAAAAAAACAAAGUCCCUAACACAGUUGCAUAGUCCUUAUUUGUGUAAACAUUUCAAUAUUUUAAAAUAAAGGCAAUACAUUUAAAAUAUAUUGUAGUGUGUACUGAGCUAUAACCACACCGUUUAAUAUUUACUUUUAUUAAAGUUUUUUAACCAUCCUAAUUGUCAGGCGGAAUUUUCUAAGUGAUAUUAUUUGUUUCUGUAAAUAAAUGCUACAAUUCUGUGGCUUUUUGCAAAUAUAUUUUUUAAUUCAAACAGAUGAUUACUUUUAUAUAUUUGAAUACACUGUGUAAAUAUGGUUUUAUUUGUUAUCAUUUAAUGAUUUCAAACAGUGGUUUCAUUGGUAAAAUUAGUUAAAACUUUGUUUAAAACAAUGUCGUUUUGGGUGCCUUAUAACUUUGAAAUUCCAACAUCUGAUUUAUACACAAUGUGUAAUGUGAGCUGAAAGGUAGUUUCACAACCUCACCGUAGACUUUGAUGUCAGUGUUAAUAUUGAUCCCAGUUUUACUUCCUGUGCCUUCUGAUCUGAUUUACUUUUCAGUAAAUGGAAGGUAGUCUUCAUAAACAAUACUUAAUUUGAUACCUUCUAUUAACUGUCUGGCAGAAAUGGGUUUUGUAUUUAUUUCUGCAUUCUUGUUGGCCUUUUUACUCCUCUUCCUAAACAGGAAACUAUUACUAAAAAUUGACUUUUUAUGCAUUGGCAUAAGUUAAUAUUUUCUAUUAAAGGAUCACUAUAGUGUCAGGAAAACAAAUUUGUUUUCCUGACACGAUCGCAUCCUUAGAACCCACCCACCCUCAGGGUCCCCCUCCCUUGGCACUGAAGGGGUUAAAACCACUUCAGUUACUUACUUUAACCUAUCCUCCCCUGUCGAAGUCAGCUCCCGAGUGGAGCAGCAUGCGCUGCAAGUGCUGUGCACGCAUUCAAACAGUCCAUAGGAAAGCAUUUCUCAAUGCUUUCCUAUGGGCGUUCUGCAAUCCAGCAUCGCAGAAGCGCCUCUGGUGGCUGUCAGGAAGACAGCCUAGAGGUUGGAUUAAUCUCGCAAUGUUAAAAUAGCCGUUUCUCUGAAACGGCUAUGUUUACAUCUGAAGGGUUAAAACCUGGGGGACCUGGCACCCAGACCACUUCAUUGAGCUGAAGUGGUCUGGGUGACUAUAGUGUCCCUUUAAGUUAUAAUGGCCAUAUCUUUUCCUGUAAAGGAUAUUGUGAUUUGUGGUUUAGAUCUCCCUCCAGUGGGAGCCUCUGGGUUCCCUGAUUAUUCUACAGACAACAGUCAGUCAUUCUGUCUGUUUGGAUCAGUGGCAGCAGCCUGCUUAGAGGAGACACCGACCCUCAUUCACUGACAAUAGGCGAAAUGAGGAAAUCGAAACCCCAGUGCAGGGGGCCCAGAAGUUGUAGAAAUAGAGCUUCCAUGAUGAGUUAACGGCUUUCAUGGGACUUGUAGUUUUUACCUUUUUGUCACCACUGACCUAGAAUCUUGAAAGGACUAUGCCCGUUACGCAAUUCUAUGCGGUCACAUAUCAAAAGCUCAUUUGUCAUGAUAAAGGAUCAGUGUAAGGAUUGGUUGCCGAUUAGAAAUCUUGUACAUGUUGUAAGUUUGGUUAUAACAAGGUCUCAUUUGUGAAGAAAUACUGACCGUUUUAAAUCUGAGAGCAGUGUUUUAAAUGUAUUUAGAGUCUGUAACGAUGGAAACGUUGACCUAUUAAUGCUGUAUGUCCAUGUAAUGUAAAAUGGGGCUCCAGUUUCUGUUUGUGUCUAUGUUUCUGUAUUCCUUUGUUUCAUUGUACCAUAAGAAAGUACCAAGUACUUGUAUUCUAAUAAAACUGCUACUAUUGUGUUACCCCUAGUAACGUGGUGGGAUUAUACACGGGUCAAACCCUUUGUUGUGUUGCUGUCCUUCCUGGCAUCUAGGUUUAAUACAUUAUAUACAGUCAGUAAAACGAAUUAUUGUAAACAGAACCGUGUGCCAUAUCACUGCCUGAUGGGUGUGCUACCCCAAACCAUUCAUUGCUUACCCCACUAGCACUUUAUUAUUAAUCACGUUCUAAAGUUCUUAAACCAACCCAAACUUAUUUUUUAUACUUUUGUCCUAUAACCGCUCAGUCUACACCAAAACAAAUAAAUAUAUAUUUUUUUGAAUGCAGUUAGCUCAAGUGUUCCUUUAACUUUAUUUUGGCAAAAACCAUUUACACCAAAUUCUGUUUCUCACUUACUGUAAGCACUCAAGUAUUUACCAUAUGGCGUAACAAUAAUAAUAUCCUCUUUCCAGUCCAUAUAGAUAAUAUUCCUUGUUAUUGCCAUAAUAGACAUACUUUAGUAAAUCCAUGGAACAUUGUAUAAAGAUUGUAUUAUAGAAUUGACAAAUAUGUGGCUUUUCGUUAUGCCUCUACUGUGCUGAAGUAAAAUACAAAUUUUUGGGUGAUCGCUCUAAAUAUUAUGUUGGCUUUUUGCAAUUUGUUACAAUAUUUAAUCAAAUUAAAACACUAAGCUGGCUUUUCAAAAAUUGCCUUCUUUCUUCUCGUGAUCCGCAUUCAACCCAUACAGAUCCUCCGUGUUUAUUCUCUCAGCCAGUAAGUCCAAUAAGCUACGUAUAUGUACCCAUGUAAAUAGAGAACGAUGUAUAUGUUAAGGUAGAGCUAUUUAAAUAAAAUCCAUGACUAUCGUAUUCUAUGGCUGUAUAACGUUCUAUCAGGGAAGAUAUCCUUAAAUAAAAUCCACGAACUCUGUGACUGUCUAAUAGUUUCAGAUUAUUAUUUGGUUGAAUAUAAUAAAAGUGGUAAAACAAGUUCCAAGUUGCAAGCAAUCUUAACAUUGUUAGUAUAAAAAGUAUUUUGCAUCUUCAUAGUUACCGCUAUACUAAACGGUUUGUAAAACCCAAUGUAGAUCUGGUCAUGGCAUCGGUUGGGGGACAGAACUGUCCUGACACCAUCAUAAACUAUAACCGUGACUUUAGAAAAUAAUACAAUAAUCAUUCAAAUUAUAGAAAAUAUAAAUAAGAAUACUGUAUAAAAUUACAGUGAGAGAAAUAAAUCUUUAAUAUAUAACACCAUGUUUCAUGGACUUUAUUCCCCGCUGUACCGCUCACAAUAUGGAUACUGAUGCUUUUCCUGCUUAACUGCAUCUCUUGCAUUAUGCGUUGAUUUACUUAAUACAUUUUAAUACCACCUUCUGCAACUCCUUGGAUGUUCGUUUGGCUAGUGACCCAUUACCUGUGAAAAUUUAAUGUAAUGUGAAACAUGGACACAAUGCAAAACUGAUUUCAAAAAUAAGUAAGAGGCGAAAAGAUGCAAAUGCUUGCUUCAGAUCACCAGUCCGCUCUGUUUUAAAAUGGCGUAGAAAUCUCAUUCCUCUGUCCUGCGGUGAGACCGUGAAUGGCCAUACUUUGGUAGGGAUAUCGUAAUAUCAGACCUGCAGCACUUAUAAGGCUACUGUUUGCCUGGAACUGUCUGCUACCUGUUUUCUGGCUGUCCAAGGUUUAUGGUGUAAUAGCUGUAGGUCCAUAGCGUUAUAAAACCCUAACUGUCUAUAUGGUGUAAUAGCUGGAGGUCCAUAGCGGUAUAAAAACCUUACCGUCUAUAUGGUGUAAUAGCUGGAGGUCCAUAGCGGUAUAAAACCCUAACUGUCUAUAUGGUGUAAUAGCUGGAGGUCCAUAGCGGUAUAAAAACCUUACCGUCUAUAUGGUGUAAUAACUGGAGGUCCAUAGCGGUAUAAAACCCUAACUGUCUAUAUGGUGUAAUAGCUGGAGGUCCAUAACAGUAUAAAACCCUAACUGUCUAUAUGGUGUAAUAGCUGGAGGUCCAUAGCGGUAUAAAACCCUAACUGUCUAUAUGGUGUAAUAGCUGGAGGUCCAUAGCGGUAUAAAACCCUAACUGUCUAUAUGGUGUAAUAGCUGGAGGUCCAUAGCCAUAACCGUCUAUAUGGUGUAAUGCAUUAUUCAUUUAUGCUUUAUUAUAGGACAAGUAGUGGUGUUUUGUUGGGAGGAGGGUUACAUUUUAAUAUGGAUUUUUAAGAAUUUUUUUAUCAUACCAUUGAUGUUCCAUGCUAAACAUUUUUUUUACUGUGCUAUUUAACCAAUUCACUGUGAUGAAGUCUACAAUGUUAGGAAUUUUUUCCAUUUGCGACUCAAAUCAACCUCUUCACAUACUUCUUUGUAUUGUAAUGAUAUAGACUUAUUUUUCAAUUUUAUUGCCAAUAAAAUCCAACAUGCCUUUGUAGGUAUGGGGAUUAUAAAUAAAAAAAUUUUUCCUGCAUAUUGUUUCAAAACCUGUAUAUGCAGGAAUUUUUUUAUUCAUAAACACUUAUCAUAACAAUUGAAAUCAGUCAUAGAUGUUGUGGGGGAGGAGGUAGGCGCAACGCCUCAGAUGUGUGGCAGGAGAAUCUAAGUAUCUUGUUUUAUUUUACAUCAAACAGGUUCUUCUCAAAAUAGCCUCCUGUUAUUAAAAAAAAAAAAGAAACAAUAGUAAAGUACUCUGCCUACGUAGGGAACGAGAGUUGUGCCUCCUAGAUAAAUCAAACUGAUGAACAAAACUUUGCUGCACCCCUUAUUAGUAAUGUAUUGAAUACCUGGCUGUGCAGAAUGAGCUUGUUUCCAGUUCUGCUUUCUUUGACAUUGUGGAGACCACCAGCAGCACGCUAUUCAUUGGUAGGUCAUGAGGGGACAUGACCUAGAAAGGAGCCUUUUGCCGUGACCUGUCCCCAACUCUCUGUGUAGGAGUUUAUGGAACCAUGCAACAACACUGCUGAAUAACUGUGAAAUUCAGUCACCCAUUUGGUAACCUGCCGAGUUUGGCAUCAAGUCUUUGUUAAAAAAAAUAAUAAGAGUUUGGAGAGAGAGUUUGCUUUUGACUCUGCUUGGUUUCACCUCUUGAAGGUGUCUUCACCCCAUACUCCAGGCUGUUCCUCUGAGCAGGAGAAUGAGAGCGGAUUGGGCACGUUCCAAAGUACAAUACUGAGAUCUUAAUACUCCAUUUCCACGUCUACUUUGGCCAGUAUAAGUUAUAUGGAAGAUGUUUUACCUACCUCCCCCAUCAUAUUUGCUGUAUGGUUUCAAAUAAUACUUAAUAUCAUUUACUGAUAAUUUACGUGACUUCUUAAGUGCCUACCUCCUUGACACUUUUCCUUUCUUACUUUUUUAUUUUUGGGGGGUCUUGAGGCAGUGCAUGAAAAAUACUAUUAAACUGGCUACUGAUGUCAGAGAGCUGAUAUUUACUAAACACAUCUAUGAGCAUCAAGCCAGUCUUCCUGGCUGGAUUAAGAAGUUGGCUGAUUUUACUCAAUACAUAGUCCAUUCAUUGGUUCUACCCUGUGUUUAUUUAUCUCACACCAUUAUUUUGGAUACCAACAGUUUUGUUCCUAGCUAUAGCUACAACUGGGGACAGUAAAAUAAUUGCAUCAGAAGGGGAGCGGUGGUGGUUUUAGCUCGGCUUAUUAGUAGGAGUUACUUCUCAUUAGAGAACGCAAUGGCAAAAAAGUUAGCAGCAUAAAUUAUUAGGGACAUAGCUAUAGAAUGAAAAAAUAUAUUAGUACACAUAAAAUAAUUGGGUCUAGUUCAAUCUAACACAUCGUUAUUUGUUAAGUAUAACUUAAUAAACAAAGUUUCUUUUUAGUGAUUAUUUAAUAUAAUAUCGUACUUUGUAAGACAUUGGAUGCCAGAUAUGUGUCUAACGCAUUGCAGAUCACACUCAGAGGAUUAAAUCAAGAAAGUGAGGACCACAACACUUGUUGCUGUGUGUGUUUCUUUAAACAGUGCCAGCAGGUGUACUCUGUUACAGCUAGUGUACGUGGAUAGAGUAAGUAAACUCUUUAAAGACCCGGCCUGUUUAGUCCAAUAUGUGUAGAGCAAUUCUUUAUCAUUUUAUUGUACACCUUAAAAAAAAAAAAAAAAAACAUUGGCGACUGAGUGGGGAUUUAUUUUUAGUCUAUAUUGGCAAAUAUUGAAUACUGGGUACUUUUUAAAAAUGUUCUUUGCUUUUAAAAUCUUUAGAAAUGUUAAACAUUGCUGCCUUUGGAGCCAGUCUGCAAUUAUAAUCUGACAUUUUCCCUCUCAGUACUUCUAACAGGGAACCUGGUGUAAUGGAAAAAUAAUGGCGUUGAGGGUUAAUACAUCACACUUGUUCCAUUAAUAUAGUUUGCCUUCUAUUUUAGAAUUUGGUUUUCAUUCAGCCUCCGUGCCAAUAAAGUUGUGGUAGGAGAGGAGCGGAGAGAUAGAAUUGCAAUGAAACUGUCUCCCCAGAUCCUGUGGCAGCAUAUUAUUAUUAUUAUAAUAAGCGAGAAAGGACUGACGUAAAAAUCUCAGGUGACGGUGGGCUAUAUCGACCCUGCACUGCCCUGAGAUUAGAGGUCUUCACACUGCAUGGAGUCUGUGAAAUCAUAACUUCCACUGAGUGCUUCUGUAUCACCCUUCAGGUCUGGUUACAGAAUUGGUGCAUGUUAACCUGCCUAGUGUGAUGGGUGGGCUCGUAGAUUGGAAUGUAUUUCGAAAAUUAAUUUCUCCUGAACUUUCCUAUCAAUUAAAUUAUGUUUAUAUUAUCAGUCUGUGAAACCUACCUAGAAUCAUACCAAUGGUUGGAAGGUGUUAAUAUUUAGUGAUAUGUAACCGUGAUGCUACCUUUUACUCAGAUAAAAUAAAUGCAAUUGGUUUUAAGUGUGAGAGUGACAUACCAUCCAAUUAUUGGUUUUGUUAUUUUUAAAUCAUAUUGUAGCCAGUGUGUGGUUUUCCUGGUUUCAGAAAUAGAAGACGUUCCUUUUCUCUCCCAUUCUAGCACAUGUCCAAUACCUUCUGCUGAUAAUCAGAGGUAACAGUCCAUAUCCACAUAUGAUCUCUGUUUCACUGUCUGUAAAAUGUUUUUGUAAUCUAUUAAACCAGUCCUCAGUGUACCGUUUGUGUGGUUAUGUCUGAACAUGAAUAGGUAGGCCGUAAAUCUAAAUUUUGGUGGUAUUAGAAGGCUGUAGUGAUCACCUCUGCUUUACUUGUCCUGUGUUUAUGCUUAAGGCAAUAUCCAUAGACGGUUCUACCUCUUUCAUGAAUCUAAUGAAUCUAUUGUACAGUCUCCCAAUGUCUCCAUAGGGAAUUAAAAAAAAAAAGUUCAAGAAUGUAGAUCCCACCGCUGCCACCAACCACAGAUAGACUUUUCCCACCACCCUCCAGACAUCACAACUAUUCCUACUGCAAAUUGGAUGCUGCUUUUUUAAUGCAAAAACAAAUGUCAUGAAAGCUAAUUAAAGAAAAUCCAUUUUUGAAUGGAAAGCUAACGCUCUGUUUAUAAAGCCUUGCAUAUGAGCCAAAAAUGCAAAAAGCUCUAUUACAAACUAACCUGCCACUCAUAUAAAUAUAUAUAUAUAAAUAUAUUAAGAUCACACUGUUCUACAAAAAAUUGUGUAUUUGUAUUUUUGUGUACGUACAAUUUUCUGCUAAGCAGAAGGAGGAUGUCGUAUAGGGAGAGCAUUGAGGGAAAAAAGGCUUUGAUUUUGGUUUGAUUUUAUUAUAUAAAUUUUUUAAAUCCAAUACUUUGUUACUUGUUUUCUGGUUAACCCUCUUACUUCCAGAAAGUAUUGCACAGAAUUGCAAAGGCCUUCUGCCAAUAAAGGGGUUAACUGUUCAGCUUGCCUGUCAUUGUGUUCUGUGUGUUUUAACGUUAUUUUUUUUAAAGGUGCAGUACCUCUCACCAUCCUCCAGGGACAUAUCACUGUGCACAUUCUAAAAUCAUGCCCGUGGCAUCAUGUAUUAUGCUGAUUGUUUAAACUAUAAAUGUGUAUUUCUUGCUGUCGUCUUCAUAUUGGUCAAGUCAAACGUGAGAAAUGUAUCUGUAAAUUUGUAUAUAUGUUUUUUUGUUUUUUUUUAAUUAUUAUUAUUAUUGCUUUGUUCUACCCCCUCCGAGCUAUUGGUAUAUCCAAUUUUAAAUGAAAUUGAUAAUUUUGUGCAGAUAAAUCAAUCAUUUGUCCGGUAACUACUGAUUGUAUCACACAUAGAAAUUAUUUAUUAAACUAGGCAGAGUAUUGAUUAGGGAACUGCAAAUGCCAAAAAUGUGGUGUUGGAGAGUUUUUGUUUAGUUUUUUUUUUUUUGUUUAAAUGGAUAUUGUGGCCAAUAAAAUGCAAUUCUCUUGUAAAUUCCGAUUUUAUAGAUUUUGAGUUUUUGUUUGGGGGUUUUCCCACGCAAGCCAUGAUGAUACUGAGCAAGUCAGUGUAUGUUUGUUUUUGAAAUGUUAAUCAAUGAAGAUAAGACAUUUAUUGCCACAGCUACCAUCCUUCGAGUUGAAAAUCAAAAGUGUAUCAUUAAUUCAUUAACUAAUACCUGGCAGCUUGGCGUUGACACUAUUCACAUCUCUUGACAAAGGACUCCUAGAGGAAUGAUGUGUUUAAUCUUGGUAAUGACUUCCAACUUAGAUUUAAUGGUGGAUCAUUAACAAGGAGUCCAUAAACUAUCAUAACAGUAUGGCUAACAGGCAAUGAACAGGAUCUACCAUUGCAGUAGAGAAGACACAGUUUAGUAGACUCAAUGACUGUGUGCGAAUGUCUAGGCUAGUGCUGUAUUUCACAAACUCCGAUCUUCACAUUUGAUGAGCAGAUUAGUGUGUAUCUUUGGUCAUUAUCCAGAAACCGCUUGAUUAUAGAGUAGUCUUAUUAUAGGACCUGUUUACGUGCUGUAAAAACACUACUUACUAGUCAUUGGCAUUACGUGCAAAUGUUUUUAAUGUACCCUGGUGAACACUUAUCAUGUGGACUUUUAAUCUGCUUUGGAUUGUUGUAAAUUGUUUGUGGACCUUAAAGAACACUCCACGGUGCAAAUCUCCAAACAGAUAGCAGUUUAGUAGAUACACCUCCAAUUCAUACAUCCAUGUAUUUAUGCAUGUAUUGAUUUGGGUUAUAUCUAAAAACAACUUGCAAAAGCUGCAGAUCUCAGACUUAAGUCUUUGCAAGCCCAAUCAGAGGCUUCUAAUUGAGAGGCCUUGAUUUUAUGCCAGGGCAGAGUGCAUGGAGGGGGUGUGUAUGGUUCAUGGAGCACGCUGAAAUUGGCAUAGAGGACUAGGUAUAAUUGAACCCCGCGGAUGUGUGUGCACAGGGUUAGUGGCAGUUGUUGAAGAAAGGUGCACUCUAGAAGUUCAGCUAUCGGAAUGAGGAAGAAAUCCUCCCAGGAAGGAGCGUCUUAAUCGAUUUAUAAAAGUGCAGAUUUCUCAUAGAAAUAUGCUCUGUUAUAAACUGCCUUUGCAAUAGAAUACUCCGUAGACAUAUAGCAAGGUGAAUGACUUGAUUUGUGUAGAGCGGUCAUUUAAUUACAUUAAUUGCCCGGAAUAUGGAGGACAAAUUAUUAAGAUGGAAUUCUUUGUCUCUGCGUCACCGGGAGAAGUACUGCACCUUUUCUGGCCAGGGCUCUCAACUAUAACGAUAUGUAAUUGUAGGAAAGUCCUUGUUUCUGUGUGUGAAGGGGCAGAGAGAAACAAGCACUCUAUUGUAUUAAAACAAAUUAGUUAAAAUGAGUCCUGUAUAAUUGUAUCUCCUAUUCUGGAUUAGUGCCUUUUGGACAGUAGACUGUUCUGUAAUUAAAAUGUAGUAUACUGCUUUUUUGUACAGUUUUGUUUUAAGAUUUUUUUUUUUUAAUUUGUGUUUAUUUUAGUAUUGUACCUAUUAGAAAAUAAAACAUAACUAAACUUGAAACCUGUGUCAUUAUUUUUCUUACGAACAAAAAAAACUGCAGUACGUGUUAAUACGUGAAAUUUAGCAAGAUAACAAAAAAUC